GCCGGUCAGUCUGAGACGGACUGGUGAGACGCCAACACCGCCCAGCCGAGAGCUGCGGAGCCUCGGCAGUGAGCGGCCUCGUCAGCCAUGUUGAAGGCUGAGAUGCCGUUCCUCGUGGGACUGGUAGUCUGGACUACCAUCGUCGCCACGACGUUCGGUCAGGUACCGCCACCCCGGUUAGACUACGGUGGCCUCACGCAAGAAGUGUUUUUCCUGAACUUAGAAGAUGGCUAUUUUGGCUGCCAAGUGAACGAGAGCUCUGAGGUGCUGCAGCUGUUUGAGCUGUCCAAGCUGUGUGAUGGCGUGCCUCAGUGCUAUCUUGGCUCUGACGAGCUGGUUAAAGAGCUUAAGUGCACAAACACAUGUCAGCUGGCCACCGGCCGGCCCUGUGUCAACGGUGCCUGCCUAGAUUCUCAAUGCUACUGUAACGAUGGCUUCGGUGGCAAGGGCUGCGAGAUGCCCGAUGAGAAUGAAUGCAAGUACCGCCCGUGCGACAUCUUCGCGCGGUGUACGAACACGAUGGGCGGCUUCUUCUGUUCCUGUUUCCCGGGAUACGAAGGCGACGGCACAACUUGCACAGAUAUCGACGAAUGUCUGGACCCAGAGCUUGCAGCCCGGUGCGUCCCCAACGCCGAGUGCUGCAAUCUCCCGGCCCACUACGUCUGCAAGUGCAAGGAGGGCUUCGAGGGCAAGGGCGACGAGGAAUGUCGAGAUAUCGACGAGUGUUCCAGGCCGGACGCCUGUGGAGCCAACGCCAUCUGCCAGAACUACCCGGGAAACUACACCUGCACCUGUCCGGAGGGAUACGUCGGCAACGCCUACGACGGGUGUGUCGACUACGACGAGUGUAACGAGCGAGGCAUGUGCGGCCCGAACGCCCGCUGUCGGAACACGGUCGGCGGCCACGAGUGCUCCUGCGACGCCGGCUUCGUGGGCGACCCGUACUCGCGCAGCGGCUGUAUCGACGUGAACGAGUGCACCCGGGAUCCGUGCGGAGCCGGCGCGCUCUGCAAGAACACGCCGGGCAACUACACCUGCCAGUGCCCGCCCGGCUUCCGCGGCGACCCGCUCGUCCAAUGUCAGGACCUGGACGAGUGCCUGGAGGGCACGCCGCUGGGCCCGGGCGGCGAGGCUCGGAACGCCAGCUCUCUGUGCGGUGCCGGCGCCAUGUGCAUGAACACGGCCGGCAGCUACAAGUGCGCCUGUCCGCCCGGCUACACGGGCGACCCCGCAGACGCCUGCUCGGACAUCAACGAGUGCGGCCGGCCCAUGACCUGCGGCGUGAACGCCGCCUGCCGCAACGAGCCCGGCGGCUUCGCCUGCUUCUGCCCGGAGGGCUUCAGCGGCGACGGCCGCGUCUUCUGCGAGAACAUUGACGAGUGUGCCAAGAACCCUUGUGGAGCCAACGCCCGCUGCAUCGACACUGUGGGCGCCUUCACGUGCCAGUGUCUGCCCGACUACACCGGCAACCCGUACAAGGGCUGCACAGACAUCAACGAGUGCGUCGUGUACGGCAAGCCGUGCGGCGACUACGCCAUCUGCAAGAACACCGAGCCGGGAUACUCGUGCCGGUGCCCGCAGGGCUACCAGGCCAACCCGACCCCGGCCGUCGCCUGCGAACAGGUUGACGUCAAGAUCCUCUGCAAAUCCAACUUCGACUGUGUCAACAACGCCGAGUGCAAGGAGGGCCAGUGCUUCUGCAAGAGCGGCUUCGAGGAGCGCGGCACAACAUGUGUGGACGUCGACGAAUGCGCCAAGUCGCCGUGCGGGGCCAACUCGCAUUGCGUCAACGUGCCGGGCAGCUACCGGUGCGAGUGCGACGCCGGCUUCAUCGGCAAUCCGCCGAGCACGCCGUGCAGAGCGCCUUGCGACGGUAUGGAGUGUGGCCCGCACGCCAAGUGCAAGCCCGACGGCCUGGAGGCGCUGUGUAUCUGCGACGACGGCUGGACGUACGACCCCGUCAACGUCAAGGCCGGCUGCGUGGAUGUGAACGAGUGUGACCCGGUGCUGGGGCCGUCCGGUAUGUGCGGCGAGGGAGCCGUGUGCACCAACACGGCCGGCAGCUACAGCUGCGCCUGCAAGCCGGGCUACUCGGGCAACCCGCAGGUCAAGUGUGUCGACGUGGACGAAUGCCGGCGGCCGGGCGCCUGCGGCACCGGCGCCCUCUGCACCAACACCCCUGGCGGCUACAAGUGCUCGUGCCCCGAGGGGACCGAGCCGGCGCCGGACGCGCAGACCCUCUGCGUGGCGCUCAUCACCUGCACCGGCGACGAUGAGUGUCCUGGAAACUCCAUGUGCGACCCGGCCGGACAGUGUCUCUGCCCCGAGCCCAACGUUGGAAACGACUGCCGACACCCGUGCGAGGACGUCUUCUGCGGCCCGAACGCCGAGUGCAUGCUCAUCAACGGCCUGCCCAAGUGCAUGUGCGCCUCGGGCUUCACUGGCGGCGCGCUGAGCGGCUGCGUGGACAUUGACGAGUGCGCCGGCUCGCCGUGCGCGCCCGGCGCCGUCUGCCGCAACAGCCGCGGCAGCUUCGUCUGCGAGUGUCCCAGCGGCUCCGAGGGCGACCCGUACCGCCAGGGCUGCAUCGAGUCCAAGGAGGGCUCGUGUGGCCCGCAGCACCCGUGCCCGCCCAACGAGGACUGUGUCCGCGACGAGGGCGUCGGCAGUGACGUCUGCGUCUGCAUGCGCGGCUACCGACGCGACGGCGCCUUCGGCAAGUGCGUCGACAUCGACGAGUGCACGGACACCGCCGCGUCGGCGGCCGGCGUGUGCGGCGCCAACGCCAUCUGCACCAACAAGCCCGGCACCUACGACUGCACCUGUCCGCCCGGCUUCGCCGGCAACGCCUUCUCCAGCUGCGAACCUCAAUCGAAGAGUGGCUGCCUGCCUCCGUUCAAGCUGAUCGGCGGGGUGUGCGCACUGGGCCGGUGCUCGGGCGCCAAGGGCUGCGGACCGGGAGCGCGCUGUGUCCAGCUGGGCCGCCAGAGCUACUGCGUCUGCGACCAGGGCCACGUCGCUCAGCCCGACGGAACCUGCCAGGACGUGGACGAGUGCUCGGAGCCGACCUCGGACGGACGCCCGCCAUGCGGUGUCGGCGCCGACUGUAUCAACCUGGUCGGCUCGUUCGAGUGCGCGUGCCCCGAGGGCAGCUCGGGUAACCCCUACAGCGGCUGCACGGCCAACAAGGUCCAGUGCGGCCGCGACAGCGACUGCGGCCAGAACGAGAAGUGCGUGCAGCCGGGCCAGUGCGUCUGCCCGCCGCCCUACUACUCCGAUACAGAGGACGGCAAUAGGUGCAAGAGUCCGUGUCAGCGGUUCCCAUGCGGCGUGAACGCGCGCUGCACUCCGUCUGACCCACCCAAGUGCCUCUGCGACGCCGGCUACUCGGGCAACCCGUACGAGGGCUGCCGGGACCAGGACGAGUGCCGCGACAACCCGUGCGCUCCCGGCGCCAGCUGCAUCAACGAGAAGGGAAACUUCAAGUGUAUCUGCCCGGCCGGAACACAGGGCGACCCCUUCGUGGGCGGCUGCACGGGCGCCGCCUCUGGCUGCGCGUCCGACAACGACUGCGACGGCAAGCUGGCCUGCGUCAGCGGAGAGUGCCGCAACCCGUGCGAGCAGCUGCCGUGCGGUGCCAACGCCGUCUGCGAGCCAGAGGGCCACGCCGCCUGGUGUCGCUGCCUGCCCGGCUUCAAGAAGGCCGACGGCUCCAACGACUGCGUCUCAGAGUGUGACGGCUACUUGUGCGGCGACAAUGCCGAGUGCAUCGUCUCCGCUGACGGCCCCACCUGCAAGUGUCUGGAGGGGUACAACGGCAACCCGUUCCCGGGUGGCGCCUGCUCGCCGGACGUCUGCUCGCCGCGCAACCCAUGCCAGGGCUCAGAGGUGUGCGUCUCCUCGCGCUGCAAGGUGCGCUGCGAGGGCGUCACCUGUGGCAUCGGCGCCAAGUGUGACAAGAACACCAACAAGUGCGCCUGCCUGCCGUUCCACGUCGGCAACCCUGAUCUGCUCUGCGUGCCACCCACCCUUCCGCCAAUGUGCGAGCCCGCAUGCGCCAAGAACGCCCACUGCGAGUACGGCCAGCCCAACAAGUGUGUCUGCAACCAAGGCACUUCCGGCAACCCGUACGAGGGCUGCGGCGCCUCGGCGCGCACCUGCAGCACCGCCUCGUGCGGCAAGGGCGCCACGUGCAAGGAGGGCGGCGGCCGCGUGGACUGCGUGUGCCCGGCUGGCUACCGCGGAAACCCGUACGUCGAGUGCACAGAUGUCGACGAGUGCAUGGGCAACUCGUGCGGCAUGAACGCCCUCUGCAUCAACACGCCCGGCUCGUACGACUGCCGCUGCAAGCAGGGCUUCCAGGGCAACCCGUUCCUGAUGUGCAUGCCGCCGAGCUCGACCAGGACCGAUUGCGCCAGCAACCCGGAUAACUGCCAGUGCUCCGGCUCCAACGCCUGCCCCACCGGAUACAAGUGCAGCUCAGGCAAGUGCGUGAACCUGUGCGCUGGCGUGGCGUGCGGACCGAACGCUGUGUGCAGUGGAGGCAAGUGCUCGUGCCGCGCCGGCUACGAGGGAGACGCGUCCGACCCCAAGGUGGGCUGCUCCACCGGCGGCUGUCAGAACGACCUCUACUGCCGCGACGACGAGAUCUGCCUGCCGGCGGCCGGCGGCCAGCGCCGCUGCGUCAGCGCCUGCUCCAAGCUCUCCUGUGGCUCCAACGCCUACUGCGUCACCGAAAACCACCGGUCGAGUUGUCUCUGCAAGGACGGCUUCAGCGGCGACCCGAGCAACCCGCGCGUCGGCUGCCAGCCCACCACGCCUGUCGAUCAGUGCAAGACGUCCCGGGACUGCCCCAAGGACCGGCCCGUCUGCACCCUGGGAGAGAGCGGUCAGAAGCAGUGUCUCGACCCGUGCAGCACCUUCUUCUGCGACCAGAACGAGGUGUGCUCGGUGCGCAGAUCGCGUCCUGUCUGCCUCUGCCGUGACGGCUUCAAGAAGAACCCGCGCACCAACCGCUGCGAGAGUCCCGGAGUGCCUGAGUGCGCCAGCUCCGACGACUGUCCGGUCACGCACGCCUGCCUGGCGGACGCACUCAAGGUGAAGAAGUGUGCUCCGGUCUGCGAGCGCACCCAGUGCUCGCCCAACUCGCAGUGCGUGGCGGUCAAUCACCGCGCCUCUUGCCAGUGUGUCAGCGGCUUCUACGGUAACCCUAACGACCGGGCUGGCUGCAAGCCGCUGUCCCGCAACACCUGCUCCUCUGACGCCGAGUGUCCCGAGACGGAGGCCUGUCGGGACGCCGACGGCGGUCGCCAGUGCGUCUCCGUCUGUGCCAGCCUGCGCUGCGGCCCUGGCGCUGUGUGCGUGACCAACAAUCACGUGGCACAGUGUCAGUGCCCGCCGGGCAAGUACGUGGGCAACCCGAACGACCUGGAGGAGGGCUGCCGCGCCGUCGGCUGCCUCGGUAACUCGGACUGCCUGGCCACGCAGGCCUGCAACCAGCUCGACUACCAAUGCUACGACGUGUGCCGCGACGCCUGCGGAGCGCACGCCGUCUGUCUGGCGGCCAACCAUGCGCCGGUCUGCUCGUGCCGGCCCGGCUACAGCCCGAACCCGACCGCCGAGACUGAUUGCGCCUCGGUCGACCUGUGCGCCGACCGGCCGUGUCACUCGUCCGCCAAGUGCAUCAACAAGCCCGGCUCGUACUCGUGCUUCUGCCCGCCGCGUCAGAUCGGCGACCCGUACACCACGGGCUGCCACCCGGAGGGCCAGUGCCCCGGCGGAGACGCCGACUGUCCGCCCGACUCGGUGUGCCGCCGCGGCCGCUGCGCCGACCCGUGCCAGGGCGCCUGUGGCCAGAACGCCCAGUGCAACGUGGUCCAGCGGAAGGCGCAGUGCAGCUGCCCGGCCGGCUUCCAGGGUAACCCGGAGCCGGAGCAGGGCUGCGUGCGAGCCGUGGUCCGCUGCAGCGGCGACGCCCAGUGUCCGGACGGAGUCUGCAUCAGCGGACAGUGCAGAGCCGUGUGCUCUCGCAGCAGCGAGUGUGCCAGUGGCGAGCGUUGCGUGAGGAACCGCUGCGUACUGCCCUGCCUGUCGAGCACUCAGUGCCCCAAGGACCAGACCUGUGACGGUGGCUUCUGCUCACUGGGAUGCAGCACCAACGGAGACUGUCCCGCGGCGGAUGCUUGUGUCAACAGCAAGUGCCAAGACCCGUGCAAGACUGACGGUGCGUGUGGCGCGAACGCCCUCUGCACAGUCAAGGAGCACCGGCCGCAGUGCACCUGCCCGGAUGGAUUCACCCCGAACCCGACACCGCAGCAGGGUUGUAUGCGCACCCCGACCAUCUGCCAGAGCGCGAGGGACUGCCCAAGCGGCCUGCGCUGCCGCGACGGCGCCUGUCGCAAGGGCUGCCGCGGAAGCGCCGACUGCGCCCAGGGUGAGCGGUGCACCAGCUUCAUGUGUGCCACCGUCUGCUACCAGGACAACAACUGUCUGUUCGGCGAGGUGUGCGUGGACGGCGCGUGCCGGUCCGGCUGCCGGUCGGCCGCCGACUGUGGCACCGGACAGACCUGCACCAACGGACAGUGUGCCUGCGCGCCCGGCUACGUCGCCGACGACGACGACUGCGAGGACGUCGACGAAUGCGAGAACCGACCCUGCCACCCGACCGCCACCUGCCUCAACCUGCCCGGCUCGUUCAAGUGCGUGUGCCCUGAGGGUACGGCCGGUAAUCCGCUGGCCAGUCCCGGCUGCGGCUCGCCCAGCGAGUGCGACUCCAACACCAACUGCGCCGGGAACCUGGCCUGCACCGAGGCGGGCGGCCGACGCCGCUGCACCGAUCCGUGCACGGACGCCGUCUGUGGCGCCGGCGCCGAGUGCCGCGUGGUGAACCACGAGCCCGUGUGCCGGUGCCCGUCUGGCUACCAGGGCGAUCCGACCGACCGCGCCGUCGGCUGCUUCCGGCCGCAGUGCAGCAAGGACACCGACUGCCCGGCCGACCGGCUCUGCGACGACUUCCGCUGCGUCAACCCGUGCGACUUUGUCCGCUCCUGCGGCCGUGGCAACUGCCAGGUGCAGGACCACCAGGCUGUCUGCUUCUGCAACCCCGGCUUCGAGCAGGGCGCCGACGGACUCUGCGUGGACAUCGACGAAUGUCGCGCCAGCCCGUGCCACCGCUCGGCCGAGUGUCGCAACACGCUCAGCUCCUUCACCUGUGUCUGCCCGCCCGGAACGGUCGGAGAUCCCAUCACCGACGGCUGCAGGCGGCCCGGAGAAUGCCAGGCCGACUCGGAUUGCCCACCUGCGGCAGCCUGCAAACAGGGCCGCUGCCAGAACCCGUGCGAGUCGGCUCGGGCGUGCGGUAAGGGCGCUGAGUGCACCACAGUCGCACACCGCCCCGUCUGCUCCUGCCCGCCGCAAACCACUGGUAACCCGCGCACCGGCUGCACUCCGUUCGAGUGCAUCGACAGCGCCGACUGCGCCGCCGCGCAGACCUGCGUGCGCAACAAGUGCGUGGACCCGUGCAGCCAGCUGAACGUGUGCGGCGCUAACGCUGACUGCACCGUGGUCGACCACCAGUCCAUCUGCAGCUGCCAGCCGGGCUACACCGGCGAGGCCAGGCUCGGCUGCACGAGGGUGCUGCGCUGCAGCAGUGACGACCAGUGCCCUCAGGCGCAGCGGUGCACAGGUGGCGUGUGCGCUGACCAGUGCCGCUCGCGGAGGGACUGCCUGCAGGGCCAGCUCUGCCUGGAGGGCACGUGCCGACCGACCUGCGCCGCCGACACCGAGUGUCCCCAAUACCACAGCUGCGUCAACCAGAUCUGCGUGCAGGAGGUGCGCUGUCGCGCCGACACUGACUGCGGAGCCGAGGAGCGCUGUCGCACCAACGCCUACGGCCAGGCCGAGUGUCAGGGCGUGUGCAGCGGUCUCGUGCUCUGCGGACGCAAUGCCGAGUGCCAGGCCAAGAACCGCGAGGUGGUCUGCGUCUGCAAGCCCGGCUUCCGCGGUGAUCCGCAAGACGAGAAGACCGGAUGCAGCCCUGUUGAGUGCGAGAAGAACACCGACUGCCAGCAGAACCAAGUCUGCGACAACUACAAAUGUGUUGUUGCGUGCAAGGCCAACAACCCGUGCGGUGAGAACGCUCUCUGUUUGUCGGAGGACUACCGUUCCGUGUGCUUCUGCCGCGAGGGCUUCGUGGGCGACCCGCUCACGCGCUGCAAGCCGGUCGACUUCUGUCGGUCGAGCCCGUGCGCCGGCGGAGCCAAAUGCCAGAACGGCGCCGGCUCGUUCAAGUGUCUGUGCCCGCUGGGUACGAUCGGCGACCCGUACGAGCUCGGCUGCCAGCCGGCCGUGGAGUGCAAGGUGAACGACGACUGUCCCUCGACGGCCGUCUGCCGCACCCAGGACGGCGAGCCCAAGUGCGUGGACGUCUGCGAGACCACGCAGUGCGGCGCCAACGCCGACUGCAAGGCCACCAACCACAAGGCGUUCUGCGUGUGCCGCCAGGGCUACGACGGCGACGCCAGCGACGUACUCCAGGGCUGCCGACCGAUUCCGGUGAAGUGCACCUACAACCAGGACUGCCGGCGUAACACGGUGUGCGACGGAGGCCUGUGCCGACCGCCGUGUGCUACCAACGACGAGUGCGCGCUCACGGAGUCGUGCGCGCGCGGCCAGUGCACCAACCCGUGCAGCUCGGACGCCGCCUGCGGCCUGAACGCCGUCUGCCAGAUGGUCCGCCACGAGAAGCAGUGCUCGUGCCCGCCCGGCUACACCGGCUCACCUGAGGUGGAGUGUGUCCGCAUCCCGGUGCCCUGCCAGAGCAGCCUGGACUGCGGCCGCGGCUACAGCUGCCAGGAGAGCGUCUGCAUGAGCGCCUGCUCGUCGGACGCCGACUGCGCCCUCAACGAGAAGUGCGCCGACGGCUCAUGCAUGCUGACUUGCCGCGUGGACAACGACUGCUUCCUGGGCCAUGUCUGCCCCAACAACCUGUGCAUCAUCGGCUGCCGCGCCAACAGCGACUGCAACGCUGGCGAGGCGUGCCUCAACAGCCGCUGCACGGACCCGUGCGACGCCAGCGCCGUGUGCGGCCCCAACGCCAAGUGCGAGGUGCUCAACCACCGCGCCCAGUGCAGCUGCAGCGCCGGCUUCAUCCCCAACCCGACUGCCAACGUGGCGUGCGUGCGCGAGCCGGUGCCGUGCAGCAUCAACUCGGAGUGCGGCGCCGGCGCCGUCUGCCAGGCGGGCCAGUGUCGGCCCAUCUGCAGUGACGACCGCGGCUGCCUCUCCAAUGAGCGCUGCGACCAGGGCCUCUGCAUGCCCGGCUGCCGCCUGGACGACGACUGUGCCAGCGGCGAGAUCUGCCGCGAGCUCGUCUGCGUGGCCGGCUGCCGCGCCGACACCGACUGUGCCGCCGCCACCAGCUGCGUCAACAACAAGUGCAUCGACCCGUGCGCCUCCCCCACCGCCUGCGGCACCAACGCGCAGUGCUCGGUGGUGAGCCACCGCGUGCAGUGCACGUGCCCUGCCGGCACCACUGGUGACGCCUACAGCAGCUGCCGCGCCCCGCCCAAGGCCUGCGAGAAGGAUGAACAGUGCGACGACGGCACCUGCUACGGCGGUGUCUGCGUCGCCAAGUGCUCAAGCGACACGGCUUGUCUGAACGAUGAGCGGUGCGUCGGCGGCAUCUGCAAGGCCAUCUGCAGCUCGGACACGCAGUGCCGCUCCGGCCAGAUCUGCCAGGGCCGGCUGUGUCUGUCCGGCUGCCGCUCGGACGACCACUGCUCCGCCGACCAAGCCUGCAUCAACCGGCGCUGCCGCGACCCCUGCCAGGGCACCGCCGCCUGUGGCACGUGCGCCCAGUGCGACGUGGCCAACCACCGCGCCCAGUGCACGUGCCCGGCCGGCACACUCGGCAACCCGCAGGUCGCCUGCCAGCCGGUGGCCACGCGCUGCUCCAGCAGCAAACAGUGCAACGGCGGUAAGUGCGAGUCCGGUCUGUGCCUGUCGCAGUGCUCCACGUCGAGCGACUGCGGCUGCGGCCACACCUGUGCCGACGGCGUGUGCCGUCAGCAGUGCUCGGCCGACGCCGGCUGUCCGGAGGGUGUGCUCUGCGCCGACGGCCUGUGCGUGGCCGGCUGCCGCGCCAACGCCGACUGCCCGGCGCGGCUGGCCUGCUCCGGCGGCCAGUGCGUUGACCCGUGCUCCGCCGGCUCUCCGUGCGGCAGCGGCGCCGAGUGCAAGGUCUCCGACCACCGCGCCGUCUGCCUCUGCCCCGACGGCUUCAACGGCAACCCCAAGGAGGCGUGCACAAAGGCCGGCUGCAAGCGCGACGACGACUGCGUAGACCGCACCAUGGCCUGCAUCGACUCGCAGUGCGUCAACCCGUGCCUGCAGCCGAACGCGUGCGGCGUCAACGCCCAGUGCAAGUCGAUCCGGCGCCGCGCCUUCUGCCUCUGCCCACCCGGCUACUACGGCGAGGCCACCGUCCAGUGUCUCAAGGAGGCCAACGAGUGUGUGAGCAAGCCGUGCGGCGAGAACGCCUAUUGCACCGACACACCGGACUCGUUCACGUGCACGUGCGAGAAGGGCUGCUUCGGCGACCCCCUGCGCGGCUGCGUCUGCGUCGGCAACCAGUGUGACAGGCUGCAGUGCGGCGUCAACGCCGAGUGCCGCGUCAAGGACGACGAUGACGACGACGACGACGACGAUGAUGAUGGCAGCAGCGGAGCCGAGUGCUACUGUCCGCCGGCGUUCCCCAUCGGAAACCCCAACAUCAGAUGCUCGACAUCGGGCCGGGUCAACUGUCGUAGCACGGGCUGCGGCCUGAACGCUGACUGCGCGCGCCAGGGCCUCGGCUACGCGUGUCGCUGCCGCGCCGGCUACGUAGGAAACCCGGAGACCGGCUGCUCGCCAGAAUCUGCAUGCACGCGCGACUCAGACUGUGGCACGUCGGCCGCCUGCCAGAACGGCGAGUGCGUCGACCCGUGCGCCGUGCGCGGCGUCUGCGGCCAGAACGCCCUCUGCCAGGUUGUGUUCAGCAAGGCGCGCUGCUCGUGCCCGCAAUGCUACGUCGGCCAGCCGUCGGAGGUGUGCCGGCCCGACCCGACCUGCGGCCGCGUGCCGGAGAGGCCCCCCGGCCCGCGGACCCGCUGCAGCGGAGACGACGACUGUGCCGACAGUCUGGCCUGCCAGAGCGGCGAAUGCGUCGACCCGUGCUUCGGCUACACACUCUGUCCCGAGGAGAAGAAGUGCAUGGCACGCGACCACGUGGCUGCCUGUGUCUGCAAGUACGGCAUCAGCGUCAACGAGAAGUUCGAGUUCGUCUGCGCCGGACCGCGCAUCGAGUGCCGUUCGGAUGACGACUGCGCUUCCAACCUGGCCUGCUUCACCGGCAAGUGCCAGAACCCGUGCAUCCUGCAGAACCCGUGCCCGACCAACAAACGCUGCGACGCCGUCAACCACCAGCCCAUCUGCAUGUGCUCUAAGGACUGCCAGUCGUCCGUCUCGCUGUGCCUGAACGAUCGCGGCUGCUCCGACAACCUGGCCUGCCGCAGCUACCAGUGCAUCGACCCCUGCGAGGGCUUCAACUGCCCACAGGACCGACCCUGCUAUGUCGAAGACCACAAGCCUGUCUGCAAGUUCUGUCCAGAGGGCUUCAGCGUCGAUCCGAUCUACGGCUGUAUGAAAGUGAUUGGCUGCCGGGAGAACGGCAACUGCCCGUCCAACCAGGCCUGUGUCAACGGCGAGUGCAAGAACCCGUGCAUGCUCGUUGAUCCGUGCCAGGCCCCCGAGGUGUGCCGCGUGCAGGACCACAACAGCGUCUGCGUCGACGGCUGCCGGUGCAGCUCCAACGCCGACUGCGGCAUCGGCGAACAGUGCGACGGCUGCGAGUGCCAGAAGAGCAGAGUACCCAACAUCGGCUGCGUGCCGGGCAGCUGCGACGACGGCCAGUACUGCGACGAAGGCACCGGCGAGUGCGUCGAUGACGAUGACGAUGAUGAUGACGACGACGACGACCCGACAGUGCCGUCGCCGCGGCCCCGCUGCGGCACCGACCGCGACUGCGACCGCUCCGAGACGUGUCACCAGGGCGUCUGCGUGGACCCGUGCAGCCUGCGCCCGUGCGGCGCCAACGCCUUCUGCCGGCCGACCAACCACAAGGCGUUCUGCGUCUGCGAGCUCGGCUUCACCGGCAACGCCCAGAUCGAGUGUGUCAAGCCCGGUCCUCGCGACUUCUGUAAGACCAUGUACGACUGCGAAAACACAAAGACGUGCAUGUACGGCCGGUGCGUGGACCCGUGCCCGUUGGCCCAGUGUGGCCGCGGCGCCCAGUGCCGCGCCGAGUACCACGAGCCCAUCUGCUACUGUCCCGCGGGCCUCAGGGGCGACCCCAAGGUGGAAUGCGCCAAUACGCUCGGCUGCCGCGCCGACCGCGAGUGUCCCAGCACUAAGGCCUGCAUCAACGGACGCUGCGAGGACCCGUGCAAGUGCGGCACCAACGCCAUGUGCGAUGUGAUCGCCCACCGCGCCGUCUGCAAGUGCCCGUCUGGCUACCAGGGCAAUCCGGAAAUCAGCUGCCAGGUUCCGUACAAGCCGUGCGACCCAAGCCCGUGCGGACUGGGAGCCAUCUGCGAGGUCGAUCAGGGCAACCCCAUCUGCUCCUGCCCCAGAGGACAGACUGGAAACCCCUUCGUCAAGUGCAUGCCCGACGGUAACGAGUGCGACGAUUACGAGUGCGGCGCCAACACCGGCUGUCGCGAAGUCGACGACGAGCCCGUGUGCUUCUGUCUGCCGGGCUUCACUGGCAGUCCUCCGAGCACGAGUUGCACCCCGAUCCGCAGUCCAUGCGAGCCCUCACCAUGCGGACCCAACACCAACUGCAACGUGGUGUACGGCUUCCAUCGCUGCACCUGCAAGGAAGGUUUCUUCGGAGACCCGAACACGAUUCGCGGCUGUUCGCCACCGCGUGACCCGUGCAACCCGAACCCUUGCGGGGGAGGGGCUCGCUGCGACGCCUCUCGUAACCCGACCUGCUACUGUCCCGAUGGCACUGUGGGCGAUCCUUACCAGCGCUGCGAGGCGCUGGUGGUCGCCGAGUGCGGUCCCGGAGACUGCGGAGCCAACGCUCGGUGCGACGUGGUCAACAACCGGCCACUCUGCUCGUGCCUUCCGGGCUACACGGGCGACCCGGUGACCGGGUGCCGUCCGCGCGACCCGUGCCAGCCGAACCCGUGCGGCCCGCGAGCCGUCUGCACUGCGCGGCCCGGCGGGGAGUACAGCUGCGCCUGCGAGCCAGGCCUGAUCGGCAACCCGACCAGCCAGCUCGGCUGCCGGAGCGAGUGCGAAGUCAACCAGGACUGCUCCGCCACGCAUAUGUGCGUCGCACAGAAGUGCGUUGACGCGUGCGCUGGCGCAUGCGGCAUCAACGCCGAGUGUAAGGUGGUGAACCACAGCCCGAUCUGCACCUGCGCGCGCGGCUACACCGGCGACGCCGUCACUCUCUGCCAGGAGGUGGCCACAAUUCGGCCUCCGUCUGGCACGCCGGACCCGUGCGUGCCGAACCCGUGCGGCGACCAGACGGUGUGCACCUCGGUGAACGGUCGGCCACUCUGCACCUGCCUGCCGGGCCUGCUCGGCUCGCCGCAGACCGGCUGCCGCGAGGAGUGCCGCGUCAGCACCGACUGCGCCGAAGACCUCGCCUGCAUCGCCAACAAGUGCGUCGACCCGUGCCAGGGCGCCUGCGGCGUAGCGGCUGUCUGCGACGUGGACGACCACCGUGCUGUCUGCGCCUGCCCGGCCGGCUACACCGGCAACCCGUACCAGCAGUGCUUCUUGAGACCGGUGCCCGGCCCGACAGACCCGCCGGAGCCGCGUCCCCUGCCGGACUCGUGUCCGCUGGGCCAGUUCUACACGGAGCGGGACGGCUGCCGUCCCGAGUGUCUGGUCAGCUCCGAGUGCUCCUCCAACCUGGCAUGCAUCCGCAACAGCUGCGGCAACCCGUGCGUCGGCUCGUGCGGCGUCGGAGCCGACUGUGAGGUGGUCAACCACAACCCGAUCUGCAGCUGCCCGCGCGGCUACACGGGCGACCCGUUCACCCAGUGUCGACCGUUCCCAGUCACCGAGCGACCGACCCAGCCGAGCAACCCGUGCUCGCCGAGCCCGUGCGGCCAGGGCGCCGACUGCCAGUACAACGGCCAGCGGCCCGUCUGCUCGUGCCCGCCCGGCUACCGCGGCAACCCGCUGGUGCUGUGCCAGCCCGAGUGCACCAACGACGCCGGCUGUCCGCUGCAGCAGGCCUGCAUCGGCCAGAAGUGCCGCGACCCGUGCCCGGGCAGUUGUGGCGUCGGCGCCGAGUGUUUCGUGGUGAACCACGCGCCCAUCUGCACGUGCCCGGUCGGCUACACUGGCGACCCGAUGACGCAGUGCGCCCCGGAGCCAAUCACCAGACCACCAGUCAUCCCCGACCAGCAAGUGGAGCCUUGUGUGCCUUCGCCGUGCGGCCCGAACUCGCAGUGUCGCAGCGACGGUUUCCGCGCCGUUUGCUCGUGCGUGGCUGGCUUCCAGGGCAGCCCUCCGCUGACGCCGUGCUACUCAGUCGGCUGCACCAGCAACUCGGAGUGUCCGCCGCAGCAGGCGUGCAUCAACCGCGACUGCCGCGACCCGUGCGCGGGCGCCUGCGGAGUGGGCGCCGACUGCCAGGUGGUUAGCCACCGGCCCGUCUGCUCCUGUCCGGAGGGGUACAGCGGAGACCCAACAACCAUCUGCAAACUGCGCCCGGUGACGCCUGCGCCUCCGCUGACGCCUGUCAACCCCUGCCAACCGUCGCCGUGCGGCCUAAACGCCGAGUGCAAGGUCACCAACGGCUACCCGAUCUGCUCAUGCAUCACAAACUACUUCGGCAACCCGCUGGUGAGCUGCCGUCCCGAGUGCGUCGUCUCGUCCGAGUGUCCGUCGAACCGGGUCUGUUCUGACAAGCUGACCUGCGUCGAUCCGUGCCCGGGCCUGUGCGGCGUGGACGCCGUGUGCAACACCAUCAACCACCAGCCGCUGUGCCGGUGUCCGGACGGCAGCACGGGCGACCCGUACUCGUACUGUCGCCCGGUGCCGGUCACGCCGGCCGUGCCCGUCUACCCGUGCCAGCCGUCGCCCUGCGGACCGUUCUCCGAGUGCAGGGAGGUCGGCUCGCGGGCCGUCUGCUCGUGCAGGCCUGGCUUCUUCGGAUCCCCACCCAACUGCAAGCCCGAGUGCGUCAUCAACUCUGAGUGCCUCACGCACCAGGCGUGUCUCGGCCAGCGCUGCGGCGAUCCGUGCCAGGGCGUGUGCGGCGUCGGCGCCAACUGCGAGGUGGUCAACCACAACCCGAUCUGCAGCUGCCCGAGCACACACACGGGUGACCCGUUCGUGCAGUGCCGACCGUUCCCGGUCACCGAGCGGCCCAAGCCGCGCGACCCGUGCUCGCCGAGCCCGUGCGGCGCCAACGCCGACUGCCAGAACGGCGUCUGCACCUGCCGCGACGACUACUUUGGCAACCCGUACGUCCAGUGCAAGCCCGAGUGCGUCAUCAACUCAGAGUGCCCGCGCGACAAGGCCUGCUUCCGCAACAAGUGCCGAGACCCGUGUGUGGGCGUGUGCGGCCCCAACGCUCAGUGCAACGUGGUCAACCACGUGCCCAACUGCUACUGCCCGGCGGACUACCAGGGAGAUGCCUUCGUGUCCUGCGAGCUGAAACCAGUUACAACGCCGUAUACCCCGGACAAGGAGCCACCGGUCGCUGUCAUCAACCCGUGCUACCCGAACCCGUGCGGUCGGAACACGGAGUGCAGAGAGGCCGGCGAGCGGGCCGUCUGCUCCUGCCUACCCGGAUACCAGGGUGACCCGAGUCUCGGCUGCCGGCGCGAGUGCGAGACCUCGUACGAGUGCGCGCCUCAGCUGGCCUGCAUCCGUUUCAAGUGUAUUGACCCCUGCCCGGGCACGUGCGGAAUUAACGCCAAUUGCCGUGUGCAAAACCACGUGCCGGAAUGCUACUGCGUCGAUGGCUACGAGGGCAAUCCCUACAUGGCCUGUCAGCUACAGCCGGUGACACCUGCCGAGCCGGUCGACCCGUGCCGACCAAGUCCGUGCGGCGCCAACGCCCAGUGCAACGUGGUCGGCGACCGGGCCGCCUGCUCGUGCCUGCCUGGCUUCAUCGACCGGCCUCCCAACUGCCGUCCCGAGUGUGUGGUCCACCAGGACUGCCGCGCCGACCAGGCCUGUAUCGGUCAGAAGUGCCGCGACCCGUGCCCGGGCAGCUGCGGCGUCGGCGCCGACUGUCUGGUGCGCAACCACAACCCGAUCUGCAGCUGCCCCAGCGGCUACACGGGCGACCCGUUCACGCAGUGCACGCCGCGGCCCCAGACGCUGCCGCCACCGCCUCAGGCAGUCUGCUACCCGGGCGUGUGCGCCUACAACGCACGCUGCACGGAAAAGGACGGCAUUGCUAUUUGCAAAUGUCUGACUGGCUACUUCGGCAAUCCAUACGUGCAAUGCAAGCCCGAAUGUGUUUCGCACGCUGAAUGCCCGCGCAACAAGGGCUGCGAGAACCAGAAGUGCAUCGAUCCGUGCGAGGGCAUCUGCGCUCCGUCGGCACUGUGCCGCGUCCACGACCACGUGGCCAUGUGCUACUGCCCGGAAGGCUACCAGGGCGAUCCCUUCACCGCCUGCACGCCAAGACCUAUUACCCCUCGUCCGACGGCUCCAGUUGAGGUAGAGCGCGAUCCGUGCGAGCCCACGCCGUGCGGUCCGAACACAAAGUGCACCAGCAACAAUGGGGUGGGAGUCUGCAGCUGCCUGCCCAACUACCAGGGCAACCCCAUCGUCGGCUGUCGUCCCGAGUGUACCUCCAACGACGACUGCCCGCUGGACAAGGCGUGUGGUCUGCAGAAGUGCAUCGACCCGUGCCCUGGAGUGUGCGGACCUAACGCAGAGUGCAAGAUCAUGAACCACAACCCGAUCUGCUACUGCGUCUCAGGCUACACUGGCAACCCCAACCAGGGAUGUCGUCCCAUCCCUAAGACCACACCGAAGCCUGCCAUCGAUGUGAACCCGUGCCUUCCGAGUCCGUGCGGCCCCAACUCGCAGUGUCGCGAGCUGCACGGACAGGCCGUGUGCUCCUGCGUCGAGGGCUACUUCGGCUCGCCGCCCAACUGUCGGCCCGAGUGUCUGGUGGCCUCUGACUGCGCCAACUACCUCACCUGCAUCGACCAGCGCUGCACGGAUCCGUGCAAGGGCUCGUGUGGCCUCAACACCAAGUGUCAGGUGUACAACCACAACGCGGUGUGCACCUGCGUCGCCGGCUACGAGGGAGACCCGUUCACCGGCUGCGUCCUCAGGCCAACGCUGCCGCCACCGCCACGAAACCCAUGCUACCCAUCUCCGUGCGGAGCCAACGCCGAAUGCACCAGUGACGACGACGACCGCGCCGACUGCAAGUGCCUGCCGGAGUACUUCGGAAACCCAUGGGUCUCUUGCAAGCCGGAGUGUGUGGUAGACACAGACUGCUCCCGUGACAAGAACUGCUACCGCAACAAGUGCAACAACCCGUGCCCGGCCCCUUGCGGUCAGGGUGCCGAAUGCCGAGUGGUCAACCACGUCACAUCAUGCACGUGUCCCGAGGGAUACAUGGGGGAUCCGUUCGACAUGUGCAAGCCGAAGCCCAUUACGCAGGCACCGACUGAAACGCCCCAAAUCGACAUCAACCCGUGCCAGCCGUCACCCUGUGGCGACAACGCCCAGUGCGCAGACCGCCAGGGUGUGCCCGUGUGCACCUGUCUGCCGGGCUACUUCGGAAACGCGCUGUACAGCUGUCGGCCGGAGUGUGUUACGCACACCGACUGCGCGCUCAACAAGGCCUGCAGCAACCAGAAGUGCAUCGACCCAUGCCCGGGCUCGUGCGGUGCCAAUGCCGAAUGUCGUGUGGUUAACCACGCGCCAGAGUGCUCGUGCCAGCUCGGCUACACCGGAGACCCCUACGUGCGCUGUUCGCCACAGCCCGUUACGGAGGCUGUAACCAGUCCGUGCACACCGACCCCGUGCGGACCGAACGCCCAGUGCCGGGAGCAUAACGGUGGCGCUGCCUGCACGUGCCUUGAGGGCUACCAGGGCAGCCCGCCCAACUGCCGGCCCGAGUGCGUCGUCAGCGCAGACUGCGCCAGCCACCUGGCCUGCGUCGGAAACAAGUGCCGAGACCCGUGCGACGACCAGUGCGGCGUCAACGCAGAGUGUCGCGUUAGGAGUCACGUUCCAAUUUGCUCGUGCCUCUCUGGAUUCCAGGGUGAUCCCUUCCAGGGCUGCACAGCUAUUCCAAUCACAACUCCGGCGCCUGAAAAGGCCAUCUGCUACCCUGGAGUGUGUGGCUCGAACGCCAGGUGUCGCGAGCACAACGGCAUCGCCGUCUGCUCGUGUCUCUCCAACUUCUUCGGAAAUCCAUACACGGGCUGUCGGCCUGAGUGCGUCUCAAACGCCGAGUGCCCGCGCAACAAGGGCUGUGAGAACCAGAAGUGCAUCGACCCGUGCGAGGGCAUCUGCGCUCCGUCGGCACUGUGCCGCGUCCACAGCCACGUGGCCAUGUGCUACUGCCCGGAAGGCUACCAGGGUGACCCCUUCACCGCCUGCACGCCGCAACCCAUCACGCCGCGACCCACAGCUCCGGCGGUAUUCGUACCCGAGCGUGAGCCCUGCGAACCUUCGCCGUGCGGCCCCAACACUCAGUGCCGUGACAACGCCGGAGUGCCAGUGUGCAGCUGCCUGCCCGGAUACAAGGGCAAUGCCAUCGUCGGCUGUCGGCCCGAGUGUACUUCCAACGACGACUGCCCGCUGGACAAGGCGUGUGCGCUGCAGAAGUGCAUCGACCCGUGCCCUGGAGUGUGCGGAUCCAACGCGCAGUGCAAGAUCAUGAACCACAACCCUGUCUGUCACUGCGUCCCAGGCUACACCGGCAACCCCAACCAAGGAUGUCGACUUAUCCCUCAGACCACACCGAAACCUGCAAUCGAGGUAGACCCGUGUCUGCCGAACCCCUGCGGACCGUACUCGCAGUGCCAGAAACACAACGGCCAGGCGGUGUGCUCGUGCGAGAGUGGCUACUUCGGGGUGCCACCCAACUGCAGACCAGAGUGUCUGGUGCCCUCUGACUGCGCCAAGACGCUGACCUGCAUGGACCAGCACUGCGUGGACCCCUGCGAAGGCUCAUGCGGCGUCAACACCCACUGCAAAGUGCGGAAUCACAGCCCAGUGUGCAGCUGUCGCACCGGAUAUGAGGGCGAUCCGUUCACCGGAUGUGCCAUCAGGCGCACCACUCCACCCCCUCCGUCGGACCCGUGCUUCCCGACGCCGUGCGGCGCCAACACCCAGUGUCGCAACAACAACGGCCUGCCGGUCUGCACCUGCCUGACCAACUACUUCGGCAACCCGUACGAGGGCUGCAAGCCCGAGUGUGUGCUCGAUGGCGACUGCCCGCUCGACAAGAACUGCGCGCGCAUGAAGUGCGUGAACCCAUGUCCGGGCCCGUGCGGCAGCGGCGCCGACUGCUCGGUGGUCAACCACAUCACCAUGUGCUCCUGCCCAGAAGGAUACACCGGAGACCCAUUCUCGCUCUGCCGACCAGUGCCCGUAACGAGACCAACGCCCCAAGAAGAGAGGCCGAGAAAUCCGUGCAUCCCGUCGCCGUGCGGAUCGAACGCCCAGUGCUCGGAGCGCCAGGGGGCGGCCGUGUGCUCGUGCCUGCCCGGCUAUCACGGAGAUGCCACCCAGGGCUGCCGGCCCGAAUGUGUCACCGACUCCGAGUGCAGUCUCAGCAGGGCCUGCGCGCGCCAGAAGUGCGUCGACCCGUGCGAAGGCGUGUGCAGUAUCAACGCUGACUGUCGCGUCGUCAACCACAAGCCUGUCUGCACAUGUCAGACCGGAUACGAGGGCAACCCCUACUUCGCUCGCUGUGUCAUCAAGCCACAAACGGAGCUGGUCGUCACAGAUCCCUGCCAGCCGAACCCAUGCGGCCCGUAUUCCACCUGCAAAGACAUCAACGGUCGGCCGACCUGCUCGUGUCUGCCCGAGUACCUGGGCAGCCCGCCCAACUGCCGGCCAGAGUGUGUGGUCAGCUCCGACUGCGCCAGCUACCUGGCCUGCGUGGGCGAGAAGUGUGUCGACCCGUGCCCGGGACACUGCGGCGCCAACGCCGACUGCCGUGUCUCCAGUCACACGCCUGUGUGCACAUGUCGCGCCGGCUACACGGGCGAUCCAUUCGUCGAAUGCCGUCUUAGGCCACAGACGACCCUGCCGCCGGCCACCCCGCAGAACCCUUGUUAUGAGGGUCGCUGCGGUGCCAACGCUGACUGCCGCGAGCACAACGGCCUCGGGGUGUGCAGCUGCCGCACCAACUACUUCGGCAAUCCGUACGAAGGCUGCAAGCCCGAGUGUACCACCAACUCCGAUUGCGACCGCUCCAAGGCGUGCGAGGCCAUGAAGUGCAGAGACCCGUGUCCGGGCGUCUGCGGCUUCCGGGCCGAGUGCCGUGUCGUGGACCAUGUCGCCAUGUGCUACUGCCCCGCCUACCUCACCGGAGAUCCCUUCGUCGCGUGCAACGAACCGCCUCGUACCCCUGCACCGGCGCGGCCGACUCAACCGGUGGUGGUCCAGCCCUGCUCGCCGUCUCCGUGCGGCAUCAACGCCCAGUGCACGGAGCGCGGCACGGUGGCCGUCUGCUCCUGCCUGGAGCCGUAUGGCGGAGACCCAUACGUCGAGUGCAAGCCCGAGUGCACCAGCAACGCCGAGUGCCCGCAGAAAGAGGCCUGCGCCCGCUACAAGUGCAUCGACCCCUGUCCGGGCGUGUGCGGCCAGAACGCAGAGUGCCGCAUCAUCAACCACAACCCGAUCUGCCACUGUCUGCCGGGCUACAGCGGCGACCCGUGGGCCGGCUGCCGCGCCGUGCCCGUCACUCCGGCCACGCCCGAGGACCCGUGCCGGCCGUCACCGUGCGGACCGAACGCCGAGUGCCGGGACGCCGGCGGCCGACCCAUCUGCUCGUGCCGUCCGUCCUACAUCGGCACGCCGCCCAACUGCCGGCCCGAGUGUGUCGUCAGCUCCGACUGCUCCAGCCUGCACGCCUGCAUCGGCCAAAAGUGCCGCGACGCCUGCCUGGACGUGUGCGGCCUCAACACCAUCUGCCGUGUGGUCAACCACAACCCGGUGUGCAGCUGCAAGCCCGGCUACUCGGGAGAUCCGUUCAGCGGCUGCAUCUUGAAGGCCACCCCAGCCGCUCCGACGGCGCCGGUGGUGGUCGACCCGUGCAGCGCGUCCCCGUGCGGCGCCAACGCCGAGUGCAGGGAGAAGGACGGCCUAGCCAUCUGCGUCUGCAUCCCCGAGUACUUCGGCAACCCGUACAUCUCCUGCCAGCCCGAGUGUGUGCUAGACAACGACUGCCCCCGCGACAAGAACUGCGUGCGCCUGAAGUGCUUGAACCCAUGUCCGGGCCCGUGCGGCAGCGGCGCCCACUGCUCGGUGGUCAACCACAUCACCAUGUGCUCCUGCCCGGAAGGAUACACCGGAGACCCAUUCUCGCUCUGCCGACCCAUCCCAGUCACAACGCCACCGCGUCAGCCCGUCCCCACCAACCCGUGCGCACCAUCGCCGUGCGGCGCCAACGCCCAGUGCAAAGACAACGGCCUGGUGGCCGUGUGCUCGUGCCUGGCCGGAUACCAGGGCGACCCCGUGUCCGGCUGCCGGCCCGAGUGUGUCACGCACGCAGAGUGCCCCUCCAGCAAGGCGUGCGUCGCUCAGAAGUGCGUCGACCCGUGCCCGGGCCUGUGCGGAGCCAACGCGCGCUGUCGUGUGCAGAACCACAACCCGCUGUGUGACUGCCUGGACGGCUACUCCGGCAACCCGUACGAGUCGUGCAGGCUCGCGCCUGUGACCCCUGCGGAGCCUUCGGACCCGUGCCAGCCGAACCCGUGCGGUGCCAACUCGCAGUGCCGCAACCAGGGCGGCAGCGCGUCGUGCGCGUGCCUGCCCGGCUUCCUGGGAGCGCCGCCCAACUGCCGACCAGAGUGCCUGCUCAGCACCGACUGCGCGUCCCACCUGGCCUGCGUCGGCACCAAGUGCGUCGACCCGUGCCCGGGCCGGUGCGGCGCCAACGCCCAGUGCCGCGUGGUCAACCACCAGGCGCAGUGCUCUUGUCUGGAGGGCUACCAGGGCGACCCGUUCUCCGGCUGCCGUCCGCGCCCGCUGACAACUCCGGCACCAAUUCCACAACAGCAACCAUGCUUCCCGGGCAAAUGCGGCAUAAAUGCCCAGUGUCGGGAGCACAAUGGUCUGGGAAUAUGCACGUGCCUGCCGGAGUACUUCGGCAACCCGUACGAAGGCUGUCGGCCCGAGUGCAUGAUCAAUGAUGACUGCGACCGCUCCAAGGCCUGCGAGCGCAGCAAGUGCGUGGACCCGUGCCCCGGCGUCUGCGGCUUCCGUGCCGAGUGCCGGGUGCACGACCACGUGCCGAUGUGCUACUGCCCUGACGGGUACCGAGGAGAUCCGUUCACCGCAUGCACGCCUGUACCAUUGAAACCCGCACAACCGACUCAGCCAGUGGUAGUCGACCCAUGCUACCCAUCGCCUUGCGGUUCCAAUGCCGAAUGCAUCUCCAAGGACCGUGAUGACGACGACUUCGCUGUUGCCAUCUGCAAGUGUCUUCCGGGCUUCCCUAAGGGCGACCCGUACACCGGCUGUCGACCAGAAUGCGUCACCAACGCCGACUGUGCUCAAACUCGGGCAUGCGGGUCUCAGCAGAAGUGCAUUGACCCCUGCCCUGGACUUUGUGGACACAAUGCCGCGUGCAGAGUCAUCAACCACAAUCCACUCUGCUCCUGCAAUGAAGGCUAUACUGGAUCACCGUAUCAAGGAUGCAGGCAAAUACCACCGAAAGCACCAAGACAAACGUGCUUCCCCAACCCGUGCGGACCGAACUCUCAGUGUCGCGAGCUCAACGGCCGACCUACCUGUUCGUGCCUGCCUGGCUACUUGUCCAGCCCGCCCAACUGCCGACCGGAGUGCACCAUCCACUCCGACUGUCCCAGUCACCAGGCGUGCGUCGGAGAGAAGUGUGUCGACCCGUGUCCGGGAUCCUGCGGGCAGAACGCCGACUGUCGGGUCUUCAAUCAUAAUCCGGUCUGCAUGUGCCGUGGAGGGUACACUGGAGAUGCCUACGCACUUUGUACGCCCAUUCCCAAAACUCCGCCACCGACGGCACCGGCGGUGGCCGACCCAUGCUAUCCGUCACCGUGUGGAGCCAACGCAGAUUGCAGCGACAAGAAUGGCGUCGCGGUAUGCAUUUGCCGUGAUGAGUACUUCGGGAACCCUUACGUCGGAUGCAAACCAGAGUGUGUCCUGGACACGGAUUGCCCACGGGACAAGAACUGUGACAACAAUAAGUGCAGAAAUCCGUGCCCAGGCCAGUGUGGCACAGGAGCAGAGUGUCACGUCGUCAACCGUAUCAUUAUGUGCAGUUGUCCUGAGGGCCACACCGGAGAUCCAUUCUCCUACUGCAGACUGGUGCCGCAAACACCACCGCCACUUGAGCCUCAGUACACGAACCCCUGUGUGCCAUCGCCUUGCGGCGAGAACGCCCAGUGCCGAGAGGCCAACAACGUAGCCGUGUGCUCUUGUGUGGCUGGUUACCAUGGCGACCCCACCAUCGGAUGUCGACCAGAGUGCGUCUCCAACGCCGAGUGCGCUCCGGCGCUGGCAUGCAUCAGCCAGAAAUGCAAAAACCCGUGCGCCGGCCUCUGUGGAGUCAACGCACAAUGUCGAGUCCUUAACCACAACCCAAGGUGCAACUGCCUGCCAGGAUAUGAAGGGGAUCCCUACAGGAGCUGUGCUGUUGUAAGAACUGAUCCGCCUCGCGACGAGAAUCCAUGCCAGCCGAGCCCGUGCGGCCCGAACUCUGAGUGUCGUGUCAAGAACGGCGGAGCGGCCUGCUCCUGCCUGUCGGGAUACAAGGGUGCUCCACCAGCCUGUCGCCCAGAAUGUGUCCUGAACACGGACUGUGCCGACCACCUGGCUUGCAUCGGACAAAAGUGUCUCGAUCCGUGCCAAGGACAGUGCGGCCAGAACGCCAGGUGUUCUGUACAAAACCAUCGUCCAGUGUGCAGAUGCGACUCUGGCUACACAGGAGAUCCGUUCCGAUAUUGCUCGCCAAUUCCUCAGACUACUGUCGCUCCGGUUGUUCAAGAACAAGACCCCUGCUACCCUGGAAAGUGUGGCCCGAACGCCCAGUGCCGCGUACACAACAGCAUCGGAGUUUGUAGCUGUCUACCAGAACACUUUGGCAACCCAUAUGAAGGCUGCAAGCCCGAAUGUGUGGUUCACUCAGACUGUGAUCGCUCCAAAGCCUGCGAACGCAACAAGUGCGUCGACCCCUGUCGUGGCGUGUGCGGCUUCCGUGCUGAGUGCCGUGUGCAGAAUCACGUGGCCAUGUGCUUCUGCCCAGAGGGAUAUAACGGCGACCCCUUCUCAGCAUGCACACCGGUUCCGGUCACUCAGCCACCACAAGAACCGGCAAAGGCCGAUCCUUGCUUCCCAUCUCCGUGUGGAUCAAACGCCGAGUGCAUAUCCAAGGACCGGGAUGAUGACGACUCCGCUGUUGCAAUCUGCAAGUGUCUUCCGGGCUUCCCCAAGGGCGACCCGUAUACCGGCUGUCGGCCAGAAUGUGUCACCAACGCCGACUGUGCUCAAACACAGGCAUGCGGGUCUCAGCAGAAGUGCAUCGACCCCUGCCCCGGCCUGUGUGGACACAAUGCUGCGUGCAGAGUCAUCAACCACAACCCGCUCUGCACAUGCAACGCUGGUUACUCUGGAUCGCCCUAUCAAGGAUGCAUUCAAAUCAAACCCGAGACACCCAAGCAAACCUGCUUCCCAAACCCCUGCGGGCCUAACUCGCAGUGUCGGGAGCUGAACGGACGUCCUACAUGCUCGUGUCUGCCGGAGUACCUGGGAGCGCCACCCAACUGCCGGCCAGAGUGUGUGGUCAACACCGACUGUCCCAGUUACCAAGCCUGCGUUGGGCAGAAGUGUGUCGACCCGUGCCCCGGAUCCUGUGGCCAGAAUGCCGAUUGUCGGGUUCAAAGUCACAAUCCAGUCUGCUCAUGCCUGCCUGGGUUUACGGGAAACGCAUAUGCCCUCUGCACUCCAAUUCCUCAAACUCCGCCUCCGACAGCACCGGCAGUGGCCGACCCAUGCUAUCCGUCACCGUGUGGAGCCAACGCAGAUUGCAGCGACAAGAAUGGCGUCGCGGUAUGCAUUUGCCGUGACGAAUACUUCGGGAACCCUUACGUCGGAUGCAAACCAGAGUGUGUCCUGGACACGGAUUGCCCACGGGACAAGAACUGUGACAACAAUAAGUGCAGAAACCCGUGCCCAGGCCAGUGUGGCACAGGAGCAGAGUGUCACGUCGUCAACCGUAUCAUUAUGUGCAGUUGUCCUGAGGGCCACACCGGAGAUCCAUUCUCCUACUGCAGACUGGUGCCGCAGACGCCACCGCCAUUUGAGCCUCAGUACACCAACCCCUGCGUGCCAUCGCCUUGCGGCGAGAACGCCCAGUGCCGAGAGGCUAACAACGCAGCUGUGUGCUCUUGUGUGGCUGGAUACCAUGGCGACCCCACCAUCGGAUGUCGACCAGAGUGUGUCUCCAACGCCGAGUGCGCUCCGGCGCUGGCAUGCAUCAGUCAGAAAUGCAAAAACCCGUGCGCCGGCCUCUGUGGAGUCAACGCACAAUGUCGAGUCCUUAACCACAACCCCAGGUGCAACUGCCUGCCAGGAUAUGAAGGGGAUCCCUACAGGAGCUGUGCUGUUGUAAGAACUGAUCCACCUCGUGACGAGGAUCCAUGCCAACCGAGCCCGUGCGGCCCGAACUCGGAGUGUCGUGUCAAGAACGGCGGAGCGGCCUGCUCCUGCCUGCCGGGAUACAAGGGUGCUCCGCCAGCUUGUCGGCCAGAAUGUGUCCUGAACACGGACUGUGCCGACCACCUGGCUUGCAUCGGACAAAAGUGUCUCGAUCCGUGCCAAGGGCAGUGCGGUCAGAACGCCAGGUGUGCUGUACAAAAUCAUCGUCCAGUGUGCAGAUGCGACACGGGAUUCACAGGAGAUGCCUUCCGAUACUGCUCGCCAAUUCCUCAAACUACUAUCGCUCCGGUUGUUCAAGAACAAGACCCCUGCUAUCCUGGAAAGUGUGGCCCGAACACCAAGUGCCGCGUACACAAUGGAAUCGGAGUUUGUAGUUGUCUACCAGAAUACUUUGGCAACCCGUAUGAGGGCUGCAAGCCCGAAUGUAUGGUUCACUCAGACUGUGAUCGUUCCAAGGCCUGCGAACGCAACAAGUGCGUCGACCCCUGUCGUGGCGUGUGCGGCUUCCGUGCUGAGUGCCGUGUACAUAAUCACGUGGCUAUGUGCUUCUGCCCAGAGGGAUACAAGGGCGAUCCCUUCUCAGCAUGCACACCGGUUCCGGUCACUCUGCCACCGCAGGAACCGGCAAAGGCAGAUCCUUGCUUCCCAUCUCCGUGUGGGUCAAACGCCGAGUGCAUCUCCAAGGACCGCGAUGAUGACGACUCGGCUGUUGCGAUCUGCAAAUGUCUUCCGGGCUUCCCCAAGGGCGACCCGUAUACCGGCUGUCGGCCAGAAUGUGUCACCAACGCCGACUGUGCUCAAACUCGGGCAUGCGGGUCUCAGCAGAAGUGCAUCGACCCCUGUCCCGGCCUGUGUGGGCACAAUGCCGUGUGCAGAGUCAUCAACCACAACCCACUCUGCACUUGUAACACCGGUUACACUGGAUCGCCGUAUCAAGGAUGCAUCGAAAUAAAACCGGAGGCACCCAAGCAAACCUGCUUCCCGAACCCCUGCGGGCCUAACUCGCAGUGUCGGGAGCUGAACGGACGUCCUACAUGCUCGUGUCUGCCGGAGUACCUGGGAGCGCCACCCAACUGCCGGCCAGAGUGUGUGGUCAACACUGACUGUCCCAGUUACCAAGCCUGCGUCUCACAGAAGUGCGUUGACCCGUGCCCAGGAUCAUGUGGACAGAAUGCCGACUGCCGGGUUCAGAGCCACAAUCCUUCCUGUUCUUGUCUACCUGGAUUCACCGGCAACGCAUAUGCUCUCUGCACUCGCAUUCCUCAAACUCCGCCGCCGACAGCACCGGCAGUGGCCGACCCAUGCUAUCCGUCACCGUGUGGAGCCAACGCAGAUUGCAGCGACAAGAAUGGCGUCGCGGUAUGCAUUUGCCGUGAUGAAUACUUCGGGAACCCGUACAGUGGAUGUAAACCAGAGUGUGUCCUGGACACGGAUUGCCCUCGGGACAAGAACUGUGACGGCAACAAGUGCAGAAACCCGUGCCCAGGCCAGUGUGGCACAGGAGCAGAGUGUCACGUCGUCAACCGCAUCAUUAUGUGCAGUUGUCCUGAGGGCCACACCGGAGAUCCAUUCUCCUACUGCAGACUGGUGCCGCAAACGCCACCGCCAUUUGAGCCUCAGUACACCAACCCCUGCGUGCCAUCGCCGUGCGGCGAGAACGCCCAGUGCCGAGAGGCCAACAACGCAGCUGUGUGCUCUUGUUUGGCUGGUUACCAUGGCGACCCCACCAUCGGAUGUCGACCAGAGUGCGUCUCCAACGCCGAGUGCGCUCCGGCACUGGCUUGCAUUAACCAGAAAUGCAAGAACCCGUGCGCCGGCCUCUGUGGAGUCAACACACAAUGCCGCGUCCUCAAUCACAACCCAAGGUGUAACUGCCUGCCAGGAUAUGAGGGAGAUCCCUACAGGAGCUGCGUUAUCUCGAGAACUGAUCCACCCCGUGACGAAAACCCAUGCCAGCCGAGCCCUUGCGGCCCGAACUCGGAGUGUCGUGUCAAGAACGGCGGAGCUGCCUGCUCCUGUCUGGAGGGAUACAAGGGUGCUCCACCAGCCUGUCGCCCAGAAUGUGUCCUGAACACGGACUGUGCCGACCACCUGGCUUGCAUCGGACAGAAAUGUCUCGAUCCGUGCCAAGGACAGUGCGGCCAGAACGCCAGGUGUUCUGUACAAAACCAUCGUCCAGUGUGCAGAUGCGACUCUGGCUACACAGGAGAUCCGUUCCGAUACUGCUCGCCUAUUCCGCAAACUACCGUCGCUCCAGUUGUUCAAGAACAAGACCCCUGCUACCCUGGAAAGUGUGGCCCGAACGCCCAGUGCCGCGUCCACAAUGGAAUUGGAGUUUGCAGCUGUCUGCCAGAGUACUUCGGCAACCCGUAUGAAGGCUGCAAGCCCGAAUGUGUGGUUCACUCAGACUGUGAUCGUUCCAAGGCCUGCGAACGCAACAAGUGCGUCGACCCCUGUCGUGGCGUGUGCGGCUUACGUGCUGAGUGCCGUGUGCAGAACCACGUGGCCAUAUGCUUCUGCCCAGAAGGAUAUAAGGGCGACCCCUUCUCAGCAUGCACACUGGUUCCGGUCACUCUGCCACCGCAGGAACCGGCAAAGGCCGAUCCUUGCUUCCCAUCUCCGUGUGGAUCAAACGCCGAGUGCAUCUCCAAGGACCGUGAUGAUGACGACUCGGCUGUUGCAAUCUGCAAGUGUCUUCCGGGCUUCCCCAAGGGCGACCCGUAUACCGGCUGUCGGCCAGAAUGUGUGACCAACGCCGACUGUGCUCAAACUCGGGCAUGCGGAUCUCAGCAAAAGUGCAUCGACCCCUGCCCCGGUCUAUGUGGACGCAAUGCCGCGUGCAGAGUCAUCAACCACAACCCACUCUGCACUUGUAACACCGGUUACACUGGAUCGCCGUAUCAAGGAUGCAACGAAAUUAAACAGGAGACUCCCAAGCAAACCUGCUUCCCGAACCCCUGCGGGCCCAACUCGCAGUGUCGGGAGCUGAACGGACGUCCAACAUGCUCGUGUCUGCCGGAGUACCUGGGAGCGCCACCCAACUGCCGGCCAGAGUGUGUGGUCAACACUGACUGUCCGAGUUACCAAGCCUGCGUCUCUCAGAAGUGCGUCGAUCCGUGCCCAGGAUCAUGUGGACAGAAUGCCGACUGCAGGGUCCAAAGUCAUAACCCAGUCUGCUCAUGUCUGCCUGGGUUCACGGGCAACGCAUAUGCCCUCUGCAACCGCAUUCCUCAAACUCCGCCACCGACGGCACCGGCAGUUGCCGACCCAUGUUAUCCGUCACCGUGUGGAGCCAACGCAGAUUGCAGCGACAAGAAUGGCGUCGCGGUAUGCAUUUGCCGUGAUGAAUACUUUGGGAACCCGUACAGUGGGUGUAAACCAGAAUGCGUCCUGGACACGGAUUGCCCACGGGACAAGAACUGUGACAACAACAAGUGCAGAAACCCGUGCCCAGGCCAGUGUGGCACAGGAGCAGAGUGUCACGUCGUCAACCGCAUCAUUAUGUGCAGUUGUCCUGAGGGCCACACCGGAGAUCCAUUCUCCUACUGCAGACUGGUACCGCAAACACCACCGCCAUUUGAGCCUCAGUACACCAACCCUUGUGUGCCAUCGCCUUGCGGCGAGAACGCCCAGUGCCGAGAGGCCAACAACGCAGCCGUGUGCUCUUGUGUGGCUGGUUACCAUGGCGACCCCACCAUCGGAUGUCGACCAGAGUGUGUCUCCAACGCCGAGUGCGCCCCGGCCCUGGCAUGCAUCAGCCAGAAAUGCAAGAACCCGUGCGCCGGUCUCUGUGGAGUCAACGCACAAUGUCGAGUCCUUAACCACAACCCCAGGUGCAACUGCCUGCCAGGAUAUGAAGGGGAUCCCUACAGGAGCUGCGCUGUUGCCAGAACCGAUCCACCCCGUGACGAAAAUCCAUGCCAGCCGAGUCCGUGCGGCCCGAACUCGGAGUGUCGUGUCAAGAACGGCGGAGCGGCCUGCUCCUGCCUGUCGGGAUACAAGGGUGCUCCACCAGCCUGUCGGCCAGAAUGUGUCCUGAACACGGACUGUGCCGACCACCUGGCUUGCAUCGGACAGAAAUGUCUCGAUCCGUGCCAAGGACAGUGCGGCCAGAACGCAAGGUGUUCUGUACAAAACCAUCGUCCAGUGUGCAGAUGCGACACGGGAUUCACAGGAGAUGCAUUCCGAUACUGCUCGCCCAUUCCAGAAACUACUCUCGCUCCGGUUGUUCAGGAACAAGACCCCUGCUACCCUGGAAAGUGUGGCCCGAACGCCCAAUGUCGCGUACACAAUGGAAUUGGAGUUUGCAGCUGUCUGCCAGAAUACUUUGGCAACCCAUAUGAAGGCUGCAAGCCCGAAUGUGUGAUUCACUCAGACUGUGAUCGUUCCGAGGCCUGCGAACGCAACAAGUGCGUCGACCCAUGCCGUGGCGUGUGCGGCUUCCGUGCUGAGUGCCGUGUGCAGAAUCACGUGGCCAUGUGCUUCUGCCCAGAAGGAUAUAAGGGCGACCCCUUCUCAGCAUGCACACCGGUUCCGGUCACUCAGCCACCGCAGGAACCGGCAAAGGCCGAUCCUUGCUUCCCAUCUCCGUGUGGGUCAAACGCCGAGUGCAUCUCCAAGGACCGCGAUGAUGACUCGGCUGUUGCGAUCUGCAAGUGUCUUCCGGGCUUCCCCAAGGGCGACCCUUACACCGGCUGUCGGCCAGAAUGUGUCACCAACGCCGACUGUGCUCAAACUCUGGCAUGCGGGUCUCAGCAGAAAUGCAUCGACCCCUGCCCCGGCCUGUGUGGACACAAUGCCGCGUGCAGAGUCAUCAACCACAACCCGCUCUGCACCUGCAACGCUGGUUAUACUGGAUCGCCUUAUCAAGGAUGCACUGAGAUAAAACCGAAGACACCCAAGCAAACCUGCUUCCCGAACCCCUGCGGGCCAAACUCGCAGUGUCGGGAGCUGAACGGACGUCCAACAUGCUCGUGUCUGCCGGAGUACCUGGGAGCGCCACCCAACUGCCGGCCAGAGUGUGUGGUCAACACGGACUGUCCGAGUUACCAAGCCUGCGUCUCACAGAAGUGCGUUGACCCGUGCCCAGGAUCGUGUGGACAGAAUGCCGACUGCCGGGUUCAGAGCCACAAUCCUGUAUGCGUAUGCCUUCAGGGAUUCACAGGAGACGCCUAUUCGCUUUGUACACCGAUCCCACAAACUCCGCCACCGACGGCACCGGCAGUGGCCGACCCAUGCUAUCCGUCACCGUGUGGAGCCAACGCAGAUUGUAGCGACAAGAACGGCGUCGCGGUAUGCAUUUGCCGUGACGAAUACUUCGGGAACCCGUACAGCGGAUGUAAACCAGAGUGUGUCUUGGACACGGAUUGCCCUCGGGACAAGAACUGUGACAACAACAAGUGCAGGGACCCGUGCCCAGGCCAGUGUGGCACAGGAGCAGAGUGUCGCGUCGCCAACCACCGCAUCAUGUGUCAUUGUCCUGAGGGCCACACCGGAGAUCCAUUCUCCUACUGCAGACUGGUGCCGCAGACGCCACCGCCAUUUGAGCCUCAGUACACGAACCCCUGCGUGCCAUCGCCUUGCGGCGAGAACGCCCAGUGCCGAGAGGCCAACAACGCAGCCGUGUGCUCUUGUGUGGCUGGUUACCAUGGCGACCCCACCAUCGGAUGUCGACCAGAGUGCGUCUCCAACGCCGAGUGCGCCCCGGCCCUGGCAUGCAUCAACCAGAAAUGCAAGGACCCAUGUGUUGGUCUAUGUGGUGUUAGCGCGCGUUGUCGCGUUCUCAACCACAACCCCAGGUGCAACUGUCUGCCAGGAUAUGAGGGCGAUCCUUACAGACGCUGCGUGGUUACCAGACCCGAACAACCUCGCCCUGGAAACCCGUGCCAGCCGAGCCCGUGCGGCCCGAACGCGGAGUGCCGGGAGCUGAACGGCGGAGCCGCCUGCUCCUGUCUGGAGGGAUACAAGGGUGCUCCACCAGCCUGUCGACCAGAAUGUGUUCUGAACACGGACUGUGCCGAGCACCUGGCUUGCAUCGGACAGAAGUGUGUGGAUCCAUGCAGGGACGAAUGUGGUCAAGGUGCUAAAUGCACCGUGGUCAACCACAACCCUGUUUGCCGCUGCGAGGCAGGCCUCGUGGGCGAUCCAUACAGUUUCUGCAGAGCAGUGCCAACAACCACUCCAAGACCUGAACAACCACAAAACCCGUGCUACCCUGGCAAAUGCGGCCCGAACGCCCAGUGCCGUGUGCACAAUGACAUCGGCGUGUGCAGCUGUCUACCAGAGUACUUCGGCAACCCGUAUGAGGGAUGCAAGCCGGAGUGCUUGGUAGAUUCCGAGUGUGAUCGUUCCAAGGCCUGUGAGCGCAACAAGUGCGUGGACCCGUGCCCUGGCGUCUGCGGAUUCCGGGCCGAGUGUCGGGUGCAAAACCACAUGGCGAUAUGCUUCUGCCUGGAAGGAUAUAGGGGCGAUCCAUUCACUGCCUGCACACCGAUACCAGUCACACCACAGCCAUCUGCCCCGGUUGAGACAGAUCCGUGCAAUCCAACGCCAUGCGGAGCAAACGCUGACUGCAUUGAGAAGAACGGUGUUGCCACGUGCAAAUGUCGCCCAGGAUACCCCAAGGGAGACCCUUUCAGUGGUUGCCGACCCGAGUGCAUCACCAGUGCCGACUGCGCGCAAACGAAAGCCUGCGGCACUCAGCAAAAAUGCAUUGAUCCAUGCCCAGGUCUUUGCGGCUCGAACGCCCUGUGCCAAACCAUCAACCACCAGCCGAUCUGCCGCUGCAACAGCGGCUACACGGGAGAUCCUUAUCGUGUGUGCACCAAAGAAAUUCCCCGCGAGCCGGUGAACCCGUGCUUCCCGAGCCCAUGCGGCCCGUACUCUGAAUGCCGUGUCUUGAACGGAGGUGCAGCAUGCUCUUGCAAGCCGACGUACAUCGGAGCACCACCACAGUGCCGACCUGAGUGCGUUGUGAACUCAGAAUGUUCCAACCACCUGGCCUGCAUUCAAGAGAAGUGCGUCGACCCGUGCCCGGGCAAGUGCGGGCUUAAUGCACAGUGUUCCCUGCGCAACCACAACCCGAAGUGCACAUGUCUUCCAGGAUUCACCGGAGAUCCGUACUCUCGAUGUGUUCGGGAAAUACAAACGACCCCGAGACCGCCUGCUGCUGAGGUUGAUCCGUGCUACCCAUCACCAUGUGGUGCCAACGCGGAUUGCACGAACAGAGAUGGUCUUGGCGUAUGCAAGUGUCGACCAGAGUUCUUCGGCAAUCCAUACGAAGGAUGCAGACCGGAAUGUGUUCUGGACACCGACUGUCAACUGGACAAGAACUGUGAAGCAAACAAGUGCAUCGAUCCUUGUCCUGGACGCUGUGGAUCCGGCGCCGAGUGUCUCGUCGCUAACCACGUCAUCAUCUGUCUGUGUCCGGCCGGCUACACGGGAGAUCCGUUCUCAUACUGUAGAUCGAUCCCUGACGAUCCUCCACGCCCAGAGCCGCCAUCGAACCCGUGCUUCCCGAAUCCGUGCGGACCGAACGCCCAGUGCCGUGAGGCGAACGGCGUGGCAGUCUGCGUCUGUCUGCCCGAGUACCGUGGUGAUCCCGCGACGGGCUGCAGACCUGAAUGUGUAUCGCCGGCCGAAUGCUCAUCGGAUAAGACAUGCGUCAACCGUAAAUGUGUUGACCCGUGCCCCGGGGUGUGUGGACAGAACGCACAAUGCCGUGCUAUAAACCACAACCCGGUGUGCGACUGUCUGCCAGGCUUUGUCGGUGACCCGUACCGCCGUUGCACGCUGGAGGUGGUCACUCAGCCAGUCAAGGAUGACCCGUGCUCACCGAACCCAUGCGGACCGAACUCUAUCUGCCGUGUGAUCGGCGACAAGGCAGCCUGCAGCUGCGAACAGGGCUACAAGGGAUCGCCUCCAAACUGUCGCCCUGAGUGCGUCACCAACCCAGAAUGUUCGGCCGAUAAGGCGUGCUACGGACAAAAGUGCGUGGAUCCCUGUCCGGGCCAGUGCGGAACGAAUGCCAACUGUCUCGUGCAGAACCACAAUCCAGUCUGCAACUGCCAGGCGGGAUACACUGGAGACCCAUAUCGGUUCUGCUCACCCAUUCCUAAAACCACUCCGAGACCCCAGGCACCACAAAACCCGUGCUACCCUGGCAAGUGCGGCCCGAACGCCCAGUGCCGUGUGCACAAUGACAUCGGCGUGUGCAGCUGUCUACCAGAGUACUUCGGCAACCCGUAUGAGGGAUGCAAGCCGGAAUGUGUAGUCAACAGUGACUGCGUCAAGUCCAAGGGCUGUGAAAGGAACAAGUGCGUUGACCCGUGUCCUGGUGUCUGCGGCUUCCGCGCAGAGUGUCGAGUUCAAGACCACGUGGCGAUUUGCUACUGCCCGGAUGGAUACAGAGGUGAUCCAUUCACAGCAUGCACACCAGUUCCAGUGACCGAGCCGCCGAGGGAGCCAGUCAAGACCGAUCCGUGCUUCCCGUCACCAUGUGGACCCAACGCCGAGUGCGUUACCAGGGACAAUGAUGACGACGAAAAGGCAGUAGCAAUCUGCAAAUGCCUCCCAGGAUUCCCGAAGGGAGACCCAGUAACUGGCUGUCGACCAGAGUGCACUGUCAAUGCGGAUUGUUCUCCGACACAGGCAUGUGGAUCCCUACAGAAGUGUGUGGACCCGUGCCCUGGAUUGUGCGGAGCCAACGCCCGAUGCAGCACAAUCAACCACCAACCGAUUUGCCAGUGCAACGACGGCUAUUCAGGAGACCCAUAUCGUACCUGUGCUCCUAUUGUCCCCCGCGAGCCGGUGAACCCGUGCUUCCCGAGCCCAUGCGGCCCGUACUCUGAAUGCCGCGUCUUGAACGGAGGUGCAGCAUGCUCUUGCAAGCCGACGUACAUCGGAGCACCACCACAGUGCCGACCUGAGUGCGUUGUGAACUCAGAAUGCUCCAAUUAUCUGGCCUGCAUUCAAGAGAAGUGCGUCGACCCUUGCCCGGGCAAGUGUGGGCUUAACGCACAAUGUUCCGUGCGCAGCCACAACCCCAGAUGCACAUGUCUUCCAGGAUACACCGGAGACCCGUACUCUCGAUGUGUGAAGGAAAUAGCCCCAACUCCGAGACCACCGGCUGCUGAGGUUGAUCCUUGCUACCCAUCGCCAUGUGGUGCCAACGCGGAUUGCACAAACAGAGAUGGUCUGGGCGUAUGCAAGUGUCGACCAGAGUUCUUCGGUAAUCCAUAUGAAGGAUGUAGACCAGAAUGUGUUCUGGACACAGACUGUCAACUGGACAAGAACUGUGAAGCAAACAAGUGCAUCGAUCCUUGUCCUGGACGCUGUGGAUCCGGCGCCGACUGUCUCGUCGCUAACCACGUCAUCAUCUGUCUGUGUCCGGCCGGCUACACGGGAGAUCCGUUCUCAUACUGUAGAUCGAUCCCUGACGAUCCUCCACGCCCAGAGCCGCCAUCGAACCCGUGCUUCCCGAAUCCGUGCGGACCGAACGCCCAGUGCCGUGAGGCGAACGGCGUGGCAGUCUGCGUCUGUCUGCCCGAGUACCGUGGUGAUCCCACGACGGGCUGCAGACCUGAAUGUGUAUCGCCGGCCGAAUGCUCAUCGGAUAAGACAUGCGUCAACCGUAAAUGUGUUGACCCGUGCCCCGGGGUGUGUGGACAGAACGCACAAUGCCGUGCUAUAAACCACAACCCGGUGUGCGACUGUCUGCCAGGCUUUGUCGGUGACCCGUACCGCCGUUGCACGCUGGAGGUGGUCACUCAGCCAGUCAAGGAUGACCCGUGCUCACCGAACCCAUGCGGACCGAACUCUAUCUGCCGUGUGAUCGGCGACAAGGCAGCCUGCAGCUGCGAACAGGGCUACAAGGGAUCGCCUCCAAACUGUCGCCCUGAGUGCGUCACCAACCCUGAAUGUUCGGCCGAUAAGGCGUGCUACGGACAAAAGUGCGUGGAUCCCUGUCCGGGCCAGUGCGGAACGAAUGCCAACUGUCUCGUGCAGAACCACAAUCCAGUCUGCAACUGCCAGGCGGGAUACACUGGAGACCCAUAUCGGUUCUGCUCGCCCAUUCCGCAAACCACUCCGAGACCCCAGGCACCACAAAACCCGUGCUACCCUGGCAAGUGCGGCCCGAACGCCCAGUGCCGUGUGCACAAUGACAUCGGCGUGUGCAGCUGUCUACCAGAGUACUUCGGCAACCCAUAUGAGGGAUGCAAGCCGGAAUGUGUGGUCAACAGCGACUGCGUCAAGUCCAAGGGCUGUGAAAGGAACAAGUGCGUUGACCCUUGCCCUGGCGUCUGCGGCUUCCGCGCCGAGUGCCGAGUGCAAGAUCACUUCGCUAUGUGCUACUGCCCUGACGGCUAUCAAGGAGACCCAUUCACUGUCUGCACCCCUGUUCCGGCGACUCAGCCACCCAGGGAACCGGUAAAGACCGAUCCCUGCUACCCGUCCCCGUGCGGUCCCAACGCCGAGUGCAUUGCAAAGGACGAUGAUGACGAUGGACAGGCUGUGGCAGUCUGCAAGUGUCGUCCGGGUUUCCCCAAGGGAGAUCCCGUUACCGGCUGUCGCCCGGAGUGCACCACCAACGCCGACUGUUCCCAGUCAGAGGCGUGUGGCUCUCAGCAGAAAUGCGUUGAUCCUUGUCCCGGUGUGUGCGGCACGAACGCCCUGUGCACAGUGUUCAAUCACAACCCAAUGUGCAACUGCAAGCAGGGAUACCAAGGCAAUGCAUACGGAUACUGCUCACCAAUUCCACAGGAAACACCGAAACAGGGCUGCUUCCCGAACCCAUGCGGGCCCAACUCGCAGUGCCAGGAGGUAAAUGGUCGUCCGACAUGCUCGUGUCUGCCGGAGUACCUGGGAGCGCCACCCAACUGCCGGCCAGAGUGUGUGGUCAGCUCCGAUUGUCCCAGCUACCAGGCCUGCGUCUCGCAGAAGUGCGUCGACCCGUGCAUCGGCGCAUGCGGCCAGAACGCCGAGUGUCGCGUUCAGAAUCACAACCCACUCUGCUUCUGUCUGCCAGGCUACACUGGAAACGCUUAUCAGCUCUGCUCAGCAAUACCAGUAACGCCGAGACCGACAGCACCGGUAAAGGUCGACCCUUGCUUCCCGUCGCCAUGCGGCUCCAACGCCAACUGUGAGGAGCGCAACUCGAUCGCGGUGUGCAAGUGCAUCGAGGGCUUCUUUGGCAACCCGUACGUCAGCUGCCGGCCAGAAUGCCUGCUCAACCAGGACUGCUCGCGCGACAAGGCCUGCAGUCGCGACCUCAAGUGUGUGGACCCAUGUCCAGGCACCUGCGGCGUGGAGGCUGUGUGCAACGCUGUCAACCACAUUGCAAGCUGCUACUGCCCUGAAGGCAUGAUCGGAGAUCCGUUCGUCCAGUGUCGCUUCAAGCCCGCUGAACCGGUCCGGCCCCAAGAGCCGGCGAACCCAUGCGUGCCUUCUCCGUGCGGCCCGAAUGCCAACUGUCGCCUGAUGAACGGCGUGGCGCUUUGCACCUGCUUGCCGGGCUUCAUCGGCGACCCACUCGACCGGUGUCGCCACGAGUGCGUCUCCAGUUCGGAGUGCGUCUCGGACAAGGCGUGCAUCGGCUUCAAGUGCCGCGAUCCGUGUGAGGGCACGUGCGGUCAUCGGGCCGAGUGUCGCGUGGUGAACCACCAGCCGCGCUGCUCGUGCCCGUCCGGCCUCAGUGGCGACCCGUACCGCGCCUGCUACGACGCCCCGGUAACGCGGCCCGCCGUCGGCGACCAAUGCCAGCCGAGCCCGUGCGGUCCCAACUCGGUGUGUCGCGUGCAGGACGGCCGUGCCGCCUGCUCGUGUCGCGACGAGUACCAGGGUGCGCCGCCUAACUGCCGACCGGAGUGCGUGCUCAACGACGACUGUUCCUCGGACAGGGCCUGUGUCAGCCAGAAGUGUCAGGACAUCUGCCCUGGCUUCUGUGGAACCAAUGCAGUCUGCAACAUGCGUAACCACAUUCCUACUUGCUCUUGCAACGCAGGAUACACGGGAGACGCCUACAGAUACUGUUCUCCCAUACCGCAGACUACACCAGCACCUGCCGAGCCAAGAAAUCCAUGCUACCCUGGCAAGUGCGGCCAGAACGCACAGUGCCGCGUCCACAACGACAUCGGUGUCUGCAGCUGCCUACCAGAGUACUUCGGCAACCCAUACGAGCGCUGCCGGCCCGAAUGUGAAAGUAACGCAGACUGCGAUCGCUCCAAGGCCUGCGAACGCAACAAGUGCGUGGACCCGUGCCCCGGCGUCUGCGGCUUCCGGGCCGAGUGCCGAGUGCAGGCGCACGUGGCCAUGUGCUACUGCCCGGCUGGCUACGAGGGCGAUCCAUUCACGUCGUGCCGAUUGGUGCCACCGCCCCAGGAGCCAGUGACCAGACCGCCGGCCACACCAUGCUUCCCGAACCCGUGCGGGCCGAACGCCGACUGCCAGGAGAAGAACGGCGUGGCGCAGUGCGUGUGCCGGACGGGCUACCCUCGCGGCGAUCCGAUCUCCGGCUGCCGGCCCGAGUGCGUCACCAACGAGGAGUGCUCGUUCUCUCAGGCGUGUAUGCGCCAGAAGUGCGGAGACCCGUGCCCGGGCGUGUGCGGCCUAAACGCACAGUGCACGGUGCAAAACCACAAUCCCAUCUGCCGCUGCAACGAAGGCUAUCGCGGCGACCCCUUCACCGUCUGCCGUCCCGAGCCUGAUGACGAGACACCUAGGCAGACCUGCUUCCCGAACCCAUGCGGGCCCAACUCGCAGUGCCAGGAGGUAAAUGGUCGUCCAACCUGCUCUUGUCUGCCGGAGUACCUGGGAGCGCCACCCAACUGCCGGCCAGAGUGUGUGGUCAGCUCCGAUUGCCCCAGCUACCAGGCCUGCGUCUCGCAGAAGUGCGUCGACCCAUGCAUCGGCGUAUGCGGCGUCAACAGCGAGUGUCGCGUUCAGAACCACGCGCCGCUCUGUCUGUGCGUGGCCGGCUACACGGGCGAUCCGUUCGUCGCGUGCCGUCCGGUACCAACGACGCUGCCGCCGCGCCAGCCGGUGGUGGGCAACCCAUGCAACCCGUCGCCAUGCGGAGCCAACGCCUACUGCCGGGAGAAGAACGGUGUCGCCGUCUGCUCCUGCCAGGACGAGUACUUCGGAGACCCGUACUCGGGCUGUCGGCCAGAGUGUGUCCUGGACGAUGACUGUGCGCGCGACAAGCACUGCUCCAACCGCAAGUGUCGCGACCCGUGCCCGGGAAUGUGCGGUCUCAAUGCCGACUGCCGUGUUAUCAACCACGUCCCGAUGUGCUCGUGUCCUGCGGGCUACACCGGCAACGGAUUCUCCAGCUGCUACCCGGUCCCGUCGACCUCGAAGCCGGCUGCACCCCCGCUGGUGCGCGACCCGUGCUACCCGAACCCGUGCGGCACGUACGCCACGUGCCGUGCCGUCAACGGCGUGGGCGUGUGCGCGUGUCCGGCCGACUACCUUGGCGAUCCGACGGUCGGCUGCCGGCCGGAGUGUCGCACGCCCUCCGACUGUCCGUUCGACGAGACUUGCGUCCGAGAGAAGUGUAUCGACCCUUGCCCGGGCACGUGCGGCGCCUUCACACAGUGUGUGGUGCGCGCCCACAACCCCAUCUGCACGUGCCUGCCCGGCUAUAUUGGCGAUCCGUUCCGAGGAUGCUAUCCGAGACCGGAAGCACCUCAGGAGAAUGACCCGUGCGACCCGAACCCAUGCGGAGAUGACGAUGACGACGCCACGUGCCGCGUGGUGAACGGCGUGGCACUGUGCAUCCCGGCCGAGCCGGAGCAGCCGCGCCGCGAGUGCUCCACCAACGCCGAGUGCGCACGCCACCUGGCCUGCAUCGGCUUCCGCUGCGUCGACCCGUGCCCAGGCAGCUGCGGCACCGGGGCACGCUGCGACGUCAUCAACCACGUGCCCCGCUGCCACUGUCCGGCAGGCACCACCGGCAACCCGGUGCGCUACUGCGCGCCGGUGCCCGCCUCCACGCCGGCGCCGCGGCCGCAGGACCCGUGCUUCCCGUCUCCAUGCGCCGAGAACGCUCGCUGCCGCAACCACAACGGCGUGGCUGUUUGCACGUGUCUGCCCGAGUACCAGGGCAACCCGUACGUCAGCUGCCGGCCCGAGUGCUUGUCGGACUCGGACUGCGCCAACACACUCAGCUGCCAGCGUCAGAAGUGUCGCGACCCGUGCCCGGGCACCUGCGGGCGCAGCGCCAUCUGCGAGGUGUUCGGCCACCGUCCGCGCUGCCGCUGCCCGCAGGGGUACCAGGGAGACCCGUACCAGCCGAGUGGGUGCCGACCGGUGCCGGCCACACCGCCGCCGGUGCCCGAGCAGCCGCGCGACCCGUGCCAGCCGUCACCGUGCGGCGACAACGCCGUCUGCAAGCGGCGCGGCACGGCCGCCGCCUGCGUCUGCCUGCCAGAGUACCAAGGCGACCCGUACGUCGGCUGCCGGCCCGAGUGCGUGCUCAACUCAGAGUGUGCACCACAGCUGGCCUGCAUCGGCCAGAAGUGCCGCGACCCGUGCAACUGCGGCCUCAACGCCGACUGCCAGGUGGUCAACCACAUCGCCUCGUGCGUCUGCCCGCAGGGUCACAUCGGAGACCCAUACCGCAUGUGUCACCUGGCGCCAAGUGCACCGCCCGACCCGUGCAACCCGUCGCCGUGCGGCCGCGGUGCCAUCUGUCGGGUGAGCGGCACCACUGCCGUCUGCUCGUGCCCGCCCGGCCUGUUCGGCUCUCCGUACGUCGAGUGCAAGCCAGAGUGCACGGCCGACUCGGACUGCUCCAACACCAUGGCUUGCGUGAACCUGCACUGCGUCAACCCGUGCAUCGGCCGCUGCGGCGUGGCCGCCGUCUGCGACGUGUACAAUCACCGGGCGCAGUGCUCGUGCCCGCCGCCGCUCGAGGGCAAUCCGCACGUGCAGUGCCGCGAGCGGCCCCAGGCGCCUGUCGUGGUGCCCAGCGUCAAGCCCGAGUGUGAGGAGGACGACGACUGUUCACUCACGCAGUCCUGCAUCAGCGAGCGCUGCCAGAACCCGUGUGCGCUCUACCCGAGCGUGUGCGCCAGCAAUGCCAUCUGCCGCGUGAUCCGUCACCGCCAGGUGUGCUCCUGCCCGGACAGCAUGACCGGAAACCCGAACGUGCUCUGCUAUGAGCUCGGCUGCCGCUCCAACUCGGACUGCCCGUCCACAGAGGCGUGCAUCAACCGCCAGUGCCAGGACGUGUGCGCCUUCCAGAGCUGCGGCGCCAACGCGCGCUGCCGCGCCUUCAACCACCAGGCGCGCUGCGAGUGUCUGCCGGGCACGCUGGGCGACCCGUACACCGGCUGCCGGCAGCCCGAGUGCACCUCCGACCAGCAGUGUUCGUUCUCGCACGCCUGCCGCGACGAGCGGUGCGUGCCCGUGUGCACGGACGCCUGCGGCCGUCUGGCCGAGUGUCGCGCCAUCAACCACCGCGCCAGCUGCAGCUGCCCGCCCGGGUAUACCGGCGAACCGACCGUCUCCUGCAGCCCCGUUCCGGACGAGCCGCGCCACGAGUGCACCACCGACGCCGAGUGUCCGUCGCGGCACGCGUGCAUGGGCCACCGGUGCGUGAACCCGUGCCAGGCCAUCCAGCCGUGCGGUCUGAACGCCGAGUGCCGCGUGGUGGACAGCCUGCCGGCGAGGACCAUGCUCUGUCAGUGCCUGCCAGGCUUCAUCGGCGACCCAGACGUCGAGUGCCGACCCCCGCCCACCGAGGCACCCGGCUGUACCGACAACUCCGAGUGUCCGCCGUCCGAGGCCUGCCGCAACCGCGCCUGUGUCGACCCGUGCCGUGUGGCCAACCCGUGCGCGGCCAACGCCAUAUGCCGCGUGGCCAACCACGCCGCCACGUGCGAGUGUCCGGACGACUACGUGGGCAGCCCGUACACGGGCUGUUACCAGGUGCCGGAGGCGGAGCCGGAGUGCAAGCGGGACACGGACUGCGCCGACACCCAGGCGUGCCAGCAGCAGCGCUGCGUGAACCCGUGCCGCACCUCCAGCCCGUGCGGCACCAACGCCAACUGCCGCACUGUCAGCCACCGGCCGUACUGCACCUGCCCGGCCGGCUACCUCGGCGACCCGUUCAGCCGCUGCUACAGACCCGAGUGCACGCGCGACGACGACUGCCCGCGCGACCGCGCCUGCAUCUCCGAGAACUGCCGCGACCCGUGCCAGACGACGUCCUGCGGCCGGCGCGCAGAGUGCCGCGUCACCGUGCACCGCGCCCAGUGCUACUGCCCGCCGGGCACCCAGGGCAACCCGCUGCUGGCCUGCGUCGACGUCGGCUGCCGCGUCAACGAUGACUGCGCCGACCACCAGCGCUGCGAGACGCGCAGCGGUGCGUGCGUGGCCGUCUGCAGCACCGGAACGUGCGCCUCCCUGGCCACCUGUACGGCCGACGACCACCAGGCGCAGUGCACGUGCCCGCCCGGCUACAACGGCAACGCCUUCUUCCAGUGCAUCAAGGACGAGCCGCGGGUGCCGGCGCCAGCGUGCGUGGUGGACACGGACUGCGCGCCGGGCCUGGCCUGUCUCGCCGAGCGCUGCCAGGACCCGUGCGCCAGCAUCAGCCCGUGCCGCGGCGGCCAGCUGUGCUCCGUGCAGAACACGGCGCCGUUCCGCACCCUGGUGUGCCGCUGCCCGGCCGACAUGAUGCUGGACAGCUCGGGCCUGUGCAUCACCCCGGUGGUGGCCGAGCCCGAGUGCACGGUCGACUCGGACUGCAGCCAGGACGAGCAGUGCCAGCGCGCCAACUGCAUGCCCGUCUGCCGGCCGGACCCGUGCGGCGCCAACGCCAUCUGCGAGCCGAAGCAGCACCGCGCCGUGUGCCGCUGCCCGCCCGGCUACGUCCAGAGCCAGUACAACGCCUGCCAGAGAGAGCCGCCGACGCCGCAGCCUCCGAUCGCGCGGCCCGAGUGCGUCUCCAACAGUCAGUGCCGCUUCGACCAGGCGUGCAUCAGCAGCCGCUGCCAGAGCCCGUGCGACGUGCGCAGCCCGUGCGCGCCCAACGCGCGCUGCGAGGUGCGCAACCACGGCGCCAUCUGCAGCUGCCCGCCGCGCCACAUCGGCAACCCGUUCAUCCAGUGCGUGCCGCAGCCGGAGCAGCCGCCGGUGGCAGGCUGCCAGAGCAACGACGACUGCCCGGCCCAGCUGAGCUGCCAGAACCGCCAGUGCCGCUCGCCGUGCAACUGCGGAGACAACGCCGACUGCAACGUCAUCAACCACCGGGCCAUCUGCAGCUGCCGCCAGGGAUACGACGGCAACGCGCAGACUGGCUGCUACCAGGUUGGCUGCAGAGACAACAGUGAGUGUCCGUCGGACUCGGCCUGUAUCAACCGCCAGUGCAUGCAGGUGUGCGCUGUGCAGAACCCGUGCGCGCUGAACGCACGCUGCGCCGGACAGAACCACCAGGCCUCCUGCUCGUGUCCCGAGGGCUUCGAGGGCGACGCGUACCAGCGGUGCCGCCCGGUGGGCUGCCGCUCCGACGACGAGUGUCCGGCCAGCCUGGCGUGCCGCAGCCAGCGGUGCGUCGACCCGUGCCUGUACCAGCAGUGCGGCUCCAACGCCGAGUGCCGUGUCCAGAGCCACCGAGCGCAGUGCGUCUGCCGGCCGGGCACCGAGGGCAACCCGCUGUUCGCGUGCCGUGCGCCCGAGACGCCGCCCAGCCGCACCUGCUCCAUCGACACGGACUGCGCCUCCCAGCUGGCCUGCAUGUCCGGUGUGUGCGUCAACCCGUGCCUGGAGGUGCGUCCGUGCGGCCAGGGAGCCACAUGCAAGGUGCUCGACACGGCGCCCUACCGCACCAUGGUCUGCCAGUGCCCGCCGGGCUACGAGGGAGAUGCCUACGCCGGCUGCCGCCUGAUGAUCAUCGCGACGCCCGGCGGCUGCACGUCCAACUCGGAGUGCGCCGCCCGCGAGGCUUGCAUCAACCGCCAGUGCCGCGACCCGUGCGACUGUGGAGACAACGCCCGCUGUGACGUCAUCAACCACCGCGCCAUCUGCACGUGCAAGCCUGGAUACGAGGGCAACCCUCAAAUCGCCUGCCUGCCAAGCGGCUGCCGAUCAGACAGCGAGUGCGGAGACCGCGAGAUGUGCUACAGUGGCAACUGUGUCAACCCGUGCAGCGUCUCCAACCCGUGCCUGCGCAACGCCGAGUGCUAUGCCCAGUCGCACCGGGCCCAGUGCCGCUGUCUGCCUGGAUAUGAGGGAGACGGCGAGCGCCGCUGCUCGGCCGUCGGCUGCUCAUCGGACGCCGAGUGUCCGUCCAACCAGGCGUGCCUGAGCCGGCAGUGCGUCAACCCGUGCCUCUACCGCAACCCGUGCGCCUCCAACGCCGAGUGUUUCGUGUCGCUGCACCGGCCGCAGUGCCGCUGUCCGGCCGGCUACGUGGGCAGUCCGCUGGUGCUGUGUGUGCCCGAGCCCAGCCCCGUGUGCCUGGUGGACUCGGACUGCGGAGCGCGCCUGGCCUGUAUCUCGGACCAGUGCGUGCCGCCGUGCAGCACCAUCGACCCGUGCGCCGACACGGCCCGCUGCUCGGUGGUCAACACGGCGCCGAUGCGCAGCAUGGUCUGCCAGUGUCCCGAGGACAUGGUGCCCGACAGUGUGGGAGGCUGUGUGCCCAUCCAGGUGGCCGGCACCGUGGGCUGCGCCUCCAGCUCCGACUGCCCCAGUGACCAGGCCUGUGUGAACGGCCGCUGCCAGGACCCGUGCGACUGCGGCCCGAACGCCGACUGCCGCGUGGUCAACCACCGCGCCAUCUGCGAGUGCCGCGCCGGCUACUCGGGCAACCCCAACAUCUUCUGCGCCGAGGUCGGCUGCAGCGACGACGACAGCUGCCGUUCAGACGAGACCUGCGUGAACGGAGAAUGCAUCAACCCGUGCGUCUACAGAGACCCGUGCGCACUGACGGCCCGCUGCUACGCCGAGAACCACGCGGCCGCCUGCCAGUGCCCGGAGGGCAUGCAGGGUGAUCCCUUCACCCGCUGCGAGCCGAUCGGCUGCCGCGCUGACAGCGAGUGCGCCAUGACACAGCGCUGCCAGAACCGGCAGUGUGUGGACGUCUGUCUGUACGACGACCGGUGCGCGCCCAACGCCGAGUGUCUGGCGGUGCGUCACCAGGCCGUGUGCCGGUGCCCGCCGCACCUGCCGCUCGGCGACCCGCAGUUCGACUGCCAGCCGCGCAAGACGCCCGUGGUGGCCGAGCCCGAGUGUCGCCGGGACGCCGACUGCGGCCCGCAGCUGGCCUGCGUGGACGAGCGCUGUCAGAACCUGUGCGCCGUGCUGGCGCCGUGCGACAGCUCGGCCGAGUGCCGCGUGGUGGACACGCUGCCGCGCUCUGUCACCUGCGUCUGCCUGCCCGGCUUUGUGAUGGACCUGGCCGGCCGCUGCAGGCCCGUGGCUCUGCCCACACCGCCCGGCUGCACGGCCAACUCGGACUGCCCUAGCACGGAGGCCUGCUUCAACCGCCAGUGCCGCUCGCCGUGCAACUGCGGCACCAACGCCGAGUGCACCGUCACCAACCACCGCGCCGUCUGCAGCUGCCGACAGGGAUACGACGGCAACGCCAACAUCGCCUGCCACGCCAUCGGCUGCCGCGGCAACUCAGAGUGUCCCUCUCACCAGGCCUGCGUCAACAGCGAGUGUGUCAACCCCUGUCUGGUACGCAACGACUGCGGUCUCAACGCUGAGUGCUACGUGCGCGACCACAACUCGUUCUGCCGCUGCCUGCCGGGCUACGAGGGCGACCCACAGGGCCGCUGCCUGAUCGCCGGCUGCAGGGACAACGACGCCUGCCCCGACCACCAGGCGUGCAUCAACCGCCAGUGCGUCAACCCGUGCCUGUUUGACCGGCCGUGCGCGCCGAGCGCCGAGUGCGAGGCGAUCCGGCACCGCGCAGAGUGCCGCUGUCCGCCUGGCUACGUCGGCAGCCCGCUGAUCGCCUGCGUGCCCGAGCCGCGGCCCGACUGCGAGCGCGACUCCGACUGCGCCUCACGGCUGGCCUGCAUGGACGGCCGCUGCGUGAACCCGUGCGCCGCCGACGAGCCUUGCGGCGACGACGUCGAGUGCCGCGUCAUCGACUCUGUGCCGGUGCGCUCCAUGACCUGCGUGUGUCCGGACGGCUACGUGGGCGGUCCGGACCGCACCUGCCAGCCGCUGACGGCCAUCACCAUCGGGUGCCGGUCACACGACGAGUGCGGACCGACCCGGGCCUGCGUCAACGCCAUCUGCGUGCUGCCCUGCCAGUGCGGCGCCAACGCCGACUGCCAGCUGGUUGGACACAAGCCGGUGUGCUCGUGCCGUCCGGGCUACGAGGGCAACCCGAACCUGGCCUGCCACGAGGUGGGCUGCCGCGCCAACUCCGACUGCCCCAGCACCCACGCCUGCAUCAACGGACAGUGCGAGGCCGUCUGCGACGAGCGCCACUCGCCGUGCGGCCAGAACGCCAUCUGCGAGCCCGCUGAGCACGUAGCCCAGUGCACGUGCAAGCCGGGCACGCAAGGCGACCCGCGCACGCUGUGCUCGGCCGUCGGCUGCACGGACAACUCCGAGUGCCCGCCGGAGGCCGCCUGCAUCAACAGCCAGUGCAAGGACCCGUGCGAUGAGCACGACUGCGUCGAGCCGGCUGUCUGCAAGGUGUUCAACAACCAGCCCACCUGUGUCUGCCCGCCCGGAUUCGAGACACAGAUCUCGGAUGACGACGGAGACCGCAAGCCGGAAGUCAAAUGCGUCCCAAUCGUGGUCGGCUGCCGACUCGACUCCGACUGCCCCUCGGGAACGGCCUGCAUCGAGGGCAACUGCGUGGACCUGUGCGCCGAGUUGAACCCGUGCGCCGAGCACGCUCAGUGCACCACCGUCGACACGGAGCCCGUGCGCACCAUGAGCUGCGAGUGCCUGCCCGGCUACCGCGGCAACGCCAAGGAGGAGUGUCUGCCCAUCCCCGGCUGUCCGACGGAGCGCGGCUUCGUGCUGGGCGCUGACGACCAGUGCAUCUGCCCGCCCACGUACGGCGUCAGCGCUGACGGCAUCUGCGCGCCCUGCGACGAGACGCUCGGCUACCGGGUCGACGAGAACGGUCACUGCGUGUGCGCCGUCGAGCGCGGCAUGGUGGUCGACGCCAACGGCAACUGCGCCUGUCCCGAGCGCUACGUGCUGGUGAACGGCGUGUGUACGGGCGUCGAAACGCCGCCGCCGCGCCGCGAGUGCGAGACCAACGACGACUGCGCCGAGGACAAGUUCUGCGAAACGCGAGACAACACGUGCCAGGACCCGUGCAAGUACUCCGAGUGCGGCAGGAACGCGUUCUGUGUGGCACGCGCGCACGAGCCCGUGUGCAGCUGCAUCCCGGGCUACUUUGGCGACGCAUACCAGGAGUGCCGCACGGCGCGCACCGACCUGCCGCCGCGCAACUUGGUGGUCAACUGCCAGCACGACGGUGUCCAGGUGGACGUCAACGUCGGCGAAUUCAACGGCCUCAUGUACGUCAAGGGCUACUCGCAGAACAGCGAGUGCCGCAAGACGCUCGGCACCGGCGACAACACACAGAACGUCGACUUCAAGGUGCUCUUUAACACCUGCGGUCUGAUCCAUGUUGAUGGAGAAGCGGCCUUUGUGCUCGUCAUCCAGAAACAUCCCAAACUGGUAACGGCCAAGGCGCUCGCCUAUCAGGUCCGCUGCGUCUACAAGACGGGCGAGAAGAGCAUCAACAUCGGCUUCAACGUGUCCAUGCUGACUACUGCCGGCACGAUCGCCAACACGGGCCCGCCGCCGACUUGCACCAUGUCCAUCUGCACUAGCGACGGCGAGGAGAUCAACACGGCCAAGAUCGGCGACCAGCUGAUGCUGAAGGUGGACGUGCAGCCCCAGGACAUUUAUGGCGGCUUCGCGCGCAACUGUAUCGCAACCACCGUGGACGACAACGAAGAGAACGAGUACUUGGUGACGGACGAGAACGGCUGCGCCACUGACCCAUCCAUCUUCGGAGAGUGGGACUUUGACCCGCGAGCCAACCAGCUCAAGGCCAUCUUCAACGCAUUUAAGUUCCCGUCAUCCAACAACAUCAAGUUCCGGUGCAACAUCCGCGUGUGCUUCGGCCUGUGCCCGCCAGUGAACUGUAAUGGUCUGGACGCGUUCGGCCGUCGCCGUCGGCGUUCGCCCAUCACCAGCGAGCAGGAGGCGGUCGUCAGCGACUCGGACAGCCUCUUCAGCGGAAAGCUGCGCGAGGAGAUCCUCGUCCAGAGUCCGGCCAUCCUCACACUGGAGCAGAGCGAGCCGACCGAGAACAGAUUCGUUGACCCACAAGAGCCCGAGGUGGCGCAGGCCGGCCUCGGACCGGACGAGAUCUGCGUCAGCAAGCUGGGCUUCAUCAUCGCGCUCAUCAUCACGGCACUGCUGGCACUGGUGGCCGUGGCCAUCGCCAUCAGCUGCUGGUUGAUGGCGUACCGGCGGCGGCGCAAGGUGGACGGCCCACUGCCGCACCCUGCCGAGUUCCCCAACCCGCUCUACACCACACCGGAGCCGCUGGCCGAGCCCAGUCCCGACUACCACAGAUGAGCCGAGCGACACACAACCUUAGACGAGAGUGUGUGUGAGAGAGAGAGAAAGGAUCCGCGCGCACCGCACGCACGCCAAAUGUGAUAUAGAAAGGGCGCUGGGCGCCGGCGUGCGUGUGCAACUGAGCCGUUAGAAUGUGUAUGUGACUAGGGAGACAGUAUUGCGCGCAGCGCCGCGGAUGUAAGGUGGACCGCGGUGCUCUACUGUGAAACAGUGAGACUGCCAAACCAGUGUCCUGGUCAUGUGUUUUCGUUUCAAGUGUACCCUCGCCUGAUAUUGACCAAAUCAUCUUCACGCUUACACGCAUGCACACAGACAUACAGAGCAAGACAGAGGCUGGCUACGCGUCUGCCACUGAAUGUGUGCGACGCAGCAGCGCCGGCGUAGGGUACCGUGUAUAAAGUGUGCGUACGGAGCCGGACGUCCGCUUGAGAUUCCUCGGCGGUGUUGGCGCGGGCGGCGGCACGUCUUGGGGAAGUGCCGCCGCCGUCCCGAGGCCACCACCGCUGGGCUAAUAUCGACCGGCGCCGGCGACCGACCGCCAGCGAGCGAGAGCUACUGAGAGGAAACGGAGCGAGCGGCUGCCGGCCGUGGGUGCAGCGGCGGCGCCAGUUGUUAUGUGAAUCAGCGCUCGGCCGCUACCGAUGUGUGACACGCGUUCUCUAUCGAGGUCCGUUUGACGACGAUCACUGGCUCUUUUAACUGUUCUUCGCCAGUGAACACACCGACUACACACGCACGCCUGAAGUUACUAUGACUAGUGCAUCUAUCUACCUGUCUGCCACUUCUAUUCUCACACUCGAACAUUCUGUGCUACCAGGCUAAACUCCAACUUUAAUGCGCAAACACGGUGUGAUUCAGCUGUUCGUCUAACAAAUAGGCCGCUCAUUAACCUCGAACGCUGUCUGUGUAAAAUAUUUAAUUUUUGUAAUUGUUUGGUCAAUACAUUUUAAUAAUAA